UGCGGCGGCCUCCAAUGGCGGCCACCGGAAGCUCGGCCCCCUUUUCCUCCCCUCCGCCCUGUCACUCUAGCCCGGCCGCCGCCGCCCCUCCCCAUCUCUAUGGGCCGCGGCGGGGGGGAAGGUUGCGAGCGGGGCGGCGGAGUCAACGAGGAGCCGGUUGCUGGCUGAGGCGAGAGAGGGCGGGAGGUUUCAGCAGGCCGCGGGGCUCUCCGCCUUCCCCCUUCCCUCCCUUCGCCCUCAUGUGAGCGGGGCCCCCGGCUUGCGAGGGCCCGGCGGGAGAGAAAGAGAGGAGCGGGGCGAUGAAGAAGGACGUGAGGAUCCUGCUGGUGGGAGAACGUGAGUUGAGGGGAGAGGGAAGGUCAAGGUUGUGAGGGGAGGGGGCGCGAGGGGGGAGGGGCGCAGGUCAACGGCCGCUCCCCCCCCCAUGGCCAGAUAAACGGGGAGGGGGAUGCUGGGGGGGAGGGGCGAAGGAGGGGGGAGUUUGGGGCGCACGUGGCUUUUUUAUUUUUCCAAAAAUUGUUUUUAGGGAAGAUUUUCUGUCUGUCUGGGCAAGGGAAAGGCUUACCUGGGCUCACUUAAAAGGGAGUCCAGGAAAACAGGCGCCUGGGACAAACAGGGAUAUGUGUGUGUGUGUUUGGGGUGUGUGGGAAUACCUAAAAGAGGGCGGGAGGUGGAUUGGAAAGAGCACGAAGGGGGGAGGCUGAAGAUGCAGAAAAAGAAAGUUUUGCAGGACUCGGGCAAGGACAGGAUGAGGAGAGGCUGGUCAAAUGGGCAGUGGGGGGUGGUGGGAAUGAUGGCUGAGGAACAGGGCAAAAAGUGGGUGGCACAUAAGGAACAUGGGCAUAGCUGGCGCCCCGCUAAAUCAAGUAAAUAAGUGAAUAAAAUACUUAACCAAAAGUAGGAAUCGUAGAAAGAUGUUGGCGGGUUUUUCUGAGUGCUUGGGGUCGGAAGAAAAUUUAAAGCAACUGCUGUUGAGACGUUUCAUUCCGAAUGUGCUAGACAGAGCCAGACAGAGGAGGAUGACAGGUGGGUGUCCUGCCCCCCCCCAACAUAAAUCCUGGAAGGAGAGGUAAAUAAAACAGUUGCUUUUCAGAAUAGGAAGUUAGGGAAUGAUUUUCUAACUUUUUUGGGGGGGGUUUCACUCUUUUUGGAAUUUCCAUGGCCUCAGCACAACUGCUUUGCACACAGAAGAUUGCAGGUUCAACUCCCAGUAUCUUCUGGUACUGCUGGGAGAGGCUCCUGCCUGAUGUAGACCAGGUGUGGAGAGCCUUUAGCCCUCCAGAUAUUGCUGAACUACAACUCCCAUCAUCCCUUGCCAUUUGCCAUUGUUGCUAGGGCUGAUGAGAGUUGUAGUUCAGCAACAUCCCCUCACCCACCUUCCUGCUCCUGACCUAGGUGGACCAAUGGCUUGAAUCUGUACAGGACAGCUUCCUAUGUUCCUAAGUGGUUGGGAAGGGAAGUAACCUUUUUACAAUCUGUUCUACUCGCUGGGGGGGGGGGGAGGAAAGACUAGUGUUUCAAUUUUUACUUUGGUGUGGUGGGGCAUUGUAUUUAUUUGUGUAUUCCAGCGCUUCUUCUGUCUUCAUAUUCUUGCUGUCAGACCAAGCACCUUCAGUCAGUAGUGUCUUGUGAGGAAGUCUGACAGCAGUAAUUCUUCCCAAUAUUCCUCACCAAGUUUCCUCUCCAAUAGGUCAGCUGUCUCACACUGGGAAAGAUUGCUAUAGAUAGUCUUUCAUUCGUUAUUUAAACUUAGCCUUAGCUCAGUCUGUGAUUUCUACCUGACACAUUACUGACUCAUGCUGAAUCAAAAUGCAGAUGGUUAUAAAGAUUGUUUGAAAGUGGCAAUCUGGAGAAUCCUUUCUGCUUAACAGCUGUCUUGAAAAUUUGUGAUUGAUUUACUUUUAAAGCAGUUCCACAAACGUAUGCAAAUAAAGUCGUGUUUCCUUGUGAUAAAAAAUACCGUAUUUUUCGCUCUAUAAGACGCACCAGACCACAAGACGCACCUAGUUUUUGGAGGAGGAAAACAAGAAAAAAAAUAUUCUGAAUCUCAGAAGUCAGAACAGCAAGAGGGAUCGCUGCGCAGUGAAAGCAGCAAUCCCUUUUGCUGUUCUGGCUUCUGGGAUAGCUGCACAGCCUGCAUUCGCUCCAUAAGACACACACACAUUUCCCAUUACUUUUUAGGAGGGAAAAAGUGAGUCUUAUAGAGCAAAAAAUACGGUACGUUAUCUGCAAAGAAUGUAUUCUUGUGAAGCUGUAUAAGAUAAACGGGCAGCCUAACCAGUCCGUAGGCUAAACAGCUACUACCUAAUGCAACUUUCCCUUAAUACAAGGGUUUCCUGACUAGUGUGCUAUUUUAAUUUGUUGCAUUUUGUGCUAAUUUGUGAAGGAUAUUGGGAAAGUAAAAAAUGGCACAACUAUAUAGGAUUUUGUCUACAAUCCUCUGCAUGUUUUCCAGGAAAUAAACAUGUCUGGUACUGUUCUUUAUAUUAAUGAGUCCAGGGUGUGGGUGGAUGUAUUGCCUUUGAUUGUGAAUUCAUUCCUGAAAUUUGAUUUGAGGGACUAAUAUCAGGCAGUAUUGCCUUCAAAUUGCAUUGUUAUUUGUACAAUUAUUCUUGAAUUGUAAAGUUUGGAGUGCUCCUUAGAGCUCUCCUACUGUGAUCAUGCAUGGGCUUUGUAGAUAUAUAAUGGCCUGCAGUAUACAUGCUCACUUUGAUGUUCUUCUGUGGAUUCCAAUUAUGCUAGAUUUCCAUAACACAUUAAGUUGUACCAUGGAAAAGUCAAAACUUGCACUUCUGCAAUAAGCAGGUAUAUCUUUUGAUAUGAUUUCCCCCUUUUGAAUAAUAUGUAUGACAUGCAGUACAUUCUACCUCUUUCCCCCAGCUCUCCGUAUGCCCACACCACAUUUAAAUAUAACUUGUUUUUAUCAUUUUUAAUGGCAACAAUCUGUACUCAUACUGAAGAUAACUGAGAUUCUGAGUUGUCUUACUGGAUAGUUGUUUGAAUGCAUAUUUACCCUAUUCUGCAGACUUAAGAUAAAAAUGUAAAUAUAGCUCAAAAUAAUCUUGCACUGCUUCUUGACCAGUAGAAGCAGAGAUGCAGAGCCCAGUCAGCUGAAGAUAGUUGGCGUUUUAAGAUUGUGAAAGGGCUGUGGGUGUGUUCCAGUUAUUAUUAUUAAACUAUAUGCUGCUUUAUGUAGAACAUGACGUUUACUUAAAAUGAGUUCUGGCAUCAUUGUACAGAUGUAAUGAGUCUAUGUGCUCACUUUUGGAUGCAGUCAAACCAGGCAUCACAUUAUUUUCUUACAGCUGCUCUUUGAUUUUUGCUUGAGGAUUAAAGUCUACCUUGCCAAAAAGUGUGUACUGUGUAUCUUGAGAAGGGCAUUACAAUACCCUUCCGUCUAGAAAACAGCCCCCCCCCCAAAUUUCUUUGCAGUUGUAGCCAGUUAAAAGUUUUGAACAAAUAAACUUGCCUUCAUAUAAAUGUACACGCAACCUUUCUCUAAGUGAGACUUCAAUGUAUGGUUUCACUUCAAAGAAUCUGCAGUGGGCGGGAGGCAGUGGCUCACAACCCUCCAGAACAGAUUUUAGGAUUGCAGUGCGGAAGGGAGGAAAGCGGGGUGAGCCAGAGUCUGUUCCACCCCCUAAAGGCACCAUUGGAUUCAAUCCCUGGUGUUUAUGGCAGACAGUUAUGGGAUAACUUUACUUAGUUUAAAGGCAACAGGAUUUUCAAAUGGAAAAGGAACUGAGAUUUACUGGUUGUGUGUGGUGUUAAGCCGAAUAAUUCUUUAUUUCACUAUUACUGUUUCCUGGAUAGAUAAGUUUUUAAUGUUUGUUGUUUUAUUAUGGUUUUAGAUUUGUUGGAAGCUGCCCAGAGUGGCUUGGGCAACCCAGUCAGAUGGGAGGGGUAAAAAUAAUAAAAUUAUGAUGAUUAUUACUGAAAUUGAGGUAUUCAGCUAUAUUACUAAUCCAGAUUUGCAGCGGGUUUUUUUUGCGUUGUGAUUGAAAUAAGUAGGAGUAUGUAUGAACUGUUAAAGAUGGGUAGUUUUUAAUGUUUGAUGUUUUAUUGUGUUCUUAAUAUUCUGUUGGGAGCCGCCCAGAGUGGCUGGGGAAACCCAGCCAGAUGGGUGGGGUAUAAGUAAUAAUAAUAAUAAUAAUUAUUAUUAUUAUUAUUACUACUACUAUUAUUUAUACAAAACUGACAUCAAGAGGAACUUGCUCAUCUCUUAGCUACUGUUUUCCCAUUGUAAGGAGUUUUAACAUCCUACUUUAACAGUUUUGGCUAUCAAAUACAAAAUGAAUAGUGUGAUUAUUUCUAGCAGCAGGGUGACCCUUUUUAGAGGUCCGAGCAAAGGUGCCAUAUAUUAAAAAUCAUUUUGAAUCUCCUGUUAAGAUAGUAGCAGUUUUCCAUCACAUUCAUCCUGUAAGGUCACAGUGAGAAUUCUGCAGAUAGCACUCUGGUCGGAUCAUAUGCACUUUCAACACAUUGCCCCCUUGCAUAGCUUAUAACGUCUGUGGUGUUCAGCCAGUAUUGGCCCUGUAUUCACCUGCAGUGCAUUACAGAUAGGAGCAGUUAUGGGGUUGCCGUGGGUAGUGCUGUCUGUCUACAACACGUAUGGUUUUUCAGGAACUUAUUCCUGUUUUCAUACUGAAUCUUUAAAAAACAAACAAACCUUGCCUCACAUCUCUAUAACCUGUGCUAAGGAGAAAAACCUCUGUCUGAAUACUCAAAUGAGUUCAGGCCCCCUGACUUGCACCAUGUUUUCAUUUCUCCUACUUCUUUUUUGGCGAUAAAGUCUUUGUUUUGGUGGGGGAAGGGAGAACAAGAUGGUCAUUAAACUUCAGUGAUUUGCAGGAAAACUCCAGAAUGCUAUUUUAAGUGGCGUGAUGGAACAGGCCUCUCUGCCGUACAUGAAAACAGAGAAAGUAGGUUAAAUAGCACACUGCCAUGAAGCUCUGAGGUGUAACACUAAUUGGUAUAUAUAAAGCUGUUGCCCCAGAGUUAAAAUAGAAUCAAACAUGCAAAUUCUCAGUCCAGGUUUAAGAAGUAGUACUGGAGCUCUUCAUGCGUCAGACAAAAGUGUCCCAAAGUAACAGCCAUAAAAGAUCACCUGAAUUAAAACUGGUGGCAUAUAUCAGCACAGGAGGAUUGCCUCGAUUAUCCCUUGCCUUGCUUUCAUCCUCUCCCUCAUUUCCCCAAAACCACAGGAAAGCAUUCUGAACCAAAUAAAAAAUGAUGCAUUAUGCAACAUAGACAAACUGCGUUUGCCUAAUGUUGCAAGCGCUUAAACCCUCUCCAAAUCCGGCAUAAAGGCUAAAGAAGCACUUUCUACACAGGGGAUAAUGUCCUAUAUGAGUCUGCUUUUGAGAAAACAAACAGCAAGAGAUCCCCCCCCCCAGCAGCAACAGGUUUUGAAAAAAAAAGUCGGGGGGGGGGGGACAACAGUUAGAAUUGCAGAAGUCUUGUUAAGUACUGCUUGUAAUUCAUCUUGAACACCUGAACACCUUUUGGGCAGAACAGCUAAAACAUUUUUGGUGGGGUGGGGUGGGGAGCCAUUCAGUUGCCUUCUUUCCGCUACUGAAGCACAUCUCACUCUGUACCCUUCUGCCCUUCAUGUUUGCCAGAUCAUGACUGGAGAGGGUUAAAUUUGGUCUUUUUGGGUUUGUGUGUGAGAGCCUAGAGGCUUUCUACAUAAAACACAGGCUUCUGUGGCCAACUCCCAUCAGGUAGACUCGUGUGCACUUGGCCUAAGUGUUUCGUAUCCUGGUGGUUCUCCUACUUUUCCAGUAUUCUCUUAAUAGCCAUAGUUGAGGCUGAGUUUAUUUCUGCAGCUGUGACACAUGGCAUUGUUAGUGAACUCCAUAAAAUUCACACCGAGGCUUCAUGACUACAUGCUGCAUUUGCUUAACUUUUGCACGUUGCUGGAUUUUGUUGAAAUAGCAUUUAUAGAAACAGUAAAUUCUACCAAUAUAAAGGGAGUUGGGCCCAAAAAGGGAGUAGUAAAAGUUUAGCUGAAGACCUCAUCCUGCAAGUAUUGUUAAAAGGUAAAGGGACCCCUGACGGUUAGGUCCAGUCGUGGCUGACUCUGGGGUUGCGGCGCUCAUCUCGCUUUACUGGCCGAGGGAGCAGGCGUACAGCUUCCGGGUCAUGUGGCCAGCAUGACUAAGCCGCUUCUGGCGAACCAGAGCGGCGCAUGGAAACACCGUUUGCCUUCUUGCCGGAGCGGUACCUAUUUAUCUACUUGCACUUUGAUGUGGUUUCGAACUGCUAGGUUGGCAGGAGCAGGGACCAAGCAACGGGAGCUCACCCCAUCGCGGGGAUUCAAAUCGCCUUCUGAUUGGCAAGUCCUAGGCUCUGUGGUUUAACCCACAGCGCCACCCACGUCUCUGCAAGUCUUUUUACCAGCGUUCAAAAUAGGCCAGGCAUAUUUUACACCUGACUAUCUGCCACUUUGCAACCAAGUGAAGAUGCAUGCCUGGGGAACCUUGGAUCUGGACUGUUUUCACACACUAGCAACACAUCCUGUACGUUAUAUUUUAUCUGCACAAUCAGAAUUAAUUUCAGGAACCAAAAAGCCAUAUUGAAAAAUGCAACUUUCGAGGCAUCUAGCCCCUAAAUGGCAACUAGGUGUUCUGUUUUGGCAACUGUAACCCUGGCUUAAGGAACCAUUUGGCCCUUAGCUCAUAUAUCUGGGUUGCUGACACUGCUUGUUAUGUACAGUGUCUGUUGCUCCUUGUUCGAAAUAAGGAACUACGGAUUUGUGAAGAAAGCUCUCUAUUCCCAACCUAUUAUAGUUCACGUUUGCAAAUUUAAAGCUGACCUUUCUUUUUUUCCCGAUAGUCUACCAUUUUUCUGUGAUACUUCACCUUUUUUUUUUUAAAUUAAUGCAGCCUUUUUAUUAUAGCAUCCUUAUUAAAACAUGGAUCAAAUCAAAUGUGUUCCAGAAACAUGGCACAUUUCCUAGGCCAGGCACAAAAUCUGCUCGUCCUCAUAGUGUUUCUGAUAAGAAUAAUGUGCUGACCUGACUGAAUAAGUACUUGAGAAACUAGCUGCCUUACUUGUCUGGGGAUCUAACGUCUGGUUCCUAAUGGGUGUCUAGGAAUAUAAUUGAAAGAAAUUUGAGAAGCUGUAGCUCUGAAGGAGACUGACAUUGCUGAAGGAAGGAGAGCGGAUUAGGCAGUAGUGUGAGAAGCAGGGGCAUUCCCCAUGCCUGAAGAGAGAGAGGAUCAGAUUUUAGGAAAGGGGGGUAGAAAUGGUUAAGAAGCAGCAGCAGGGCAGAUCUUUAUUGGAGACCCAAGGUGGAAAAAGCUUUGUGAACAGGGAUGGAGGUAGAGUAAUGCCUUUAAAGAAGGGAUGUGGAAUUUGUAAGCCUCCAAAUAUUGUUGGACUACAACUCCCAUCAUCCCUGACUAGUGGGCUUGCUGGGUGGGGCUGAUGGAGUCCAACACAGGUUUCCCAUCCCUGCUGUGAAACAAUGGAGGAGAAGAUGCCUCAAAGGCAUAGCACUGCAUUUGCCAGCAGUAAGGACAGCUGGAAUGGGAGGUUUCAGGCAAAUCUCUGUGUUGUUGGAUUUUCGUAAUUCUAUAUUGAAAGUUUACGAAUUACUGUGAGUUGAUUUUGUGGUGAUUUUUGUAACCUAAUACUUGGUUCAAUAGUACUUUGGGCCAGGAUAUAAUUAACUACCUAACUAUCCCUGAUACUGUGAUCCUAGCCAAUCCCAAAACAUAAUGUAAUUGAUGCCAAAAUUCAUUGUGAAGAUUUUGCUGAAAGAAGCUUUUAUUUAAAUUUGAAAGGCAGCAUCAGCUGAGAGGCACGUGCUGUAGUCUUCUGGCCAAAUAUCACACAGAGAGGAUAAAUGUUGGUAACAGAGAAGAAUUGCACAAGAUUCUUUAGAGGAGACAGUCCAUACUGUACAAAGAUAUUACUCCCGAAAGUAUUAAAGGUAAAGGACCCCUGACCAUUAGGUCCAGUCGCGGACGACUCUGGGGUUGCAGCGCUCAUCUCAUUUUAUUGACCGAGGUAGCCGGCGUACAGCUUCCGGGUCAUGUGGCCAGCAUGACUAAGCCACUUCUGGCAAACCAGAGCAGCGCACGGAAAUGCUGUUUACCUUCCUGCCGGAGUGGUACCUAUUUAUCUACUUGCACUUUGAUGUGCUUUCAAACUUCUAGGUUGGCAGGAGCAGGGACCGAGCAAAGGGAGCUCACCCCGUUGCGGGGAUUCGAAUUGCCGACCUUCCGAUCAGCAAGCCCUAGGCUCUGUGGUUUAACCCACAGUGCCACCCAAAAGUAUUAUGAAGCCCCAAAUAUUUGUUGUCUUAAAAAUUAAGAUUAAGUUAAAAGUAUAGAAAUCAUUGGGACGCGGGUGGCGCUGUGGGUAAAACCUCAGCGCCUAGGACUUGCCGAUCAUCAGGUCGGCGGUUUGAAACCCCGCAGCGGGGUGCGCUCCCGUUGCUCAGUCCCAGCGCCUGCCAACCUAGCAGUUUGAAAGCACCCCCGGGUGCAAGUAGAUAAAUAGGAACCGCUUACUAGCGGGAAGGUAAACGGCGUUUCCGUGUGCUGCGCUGGCUCGCCAGAUGCAGCUUGUCACGCUGGCCACGUGACCCGGAAGUGUCUGUGGACAGCACUGGCCCCCGGCCUCUUAAGUGAGAUGGGCGCACAACCCUAGAGUCGGACACGACUGGCCUUUGGGCAGGGGUACCUUUAUAGAAAUCAUAUAAAGGUCAAAUGGGCCAUGGAGUUGUCUGUGCCUUCUAACUAUCACUGUGUUUCCUACACUUAGAACAAAAACUAAUAAUACAGUGGUACCUCUAGUUGCCAACACGAUCCGUUCCGGGGUGCCGUUCACACCCCGAAAAGUCCGCAACUAGAGCGGUGCUUCUGUGCAUGCGCGAAGCGCACAGAACGCUUCUGCACAUGCGGCGAAACCCGGAAGUAUAGACUUCCGGGUUUGCCACGCUCGCAAGCCGAAAAGAAGCAGCAUGAACCUAACGCAACAUGAGGUAUGCCUGUAAUACACCAAGAAAUCUGAAUUCUGUUACUUGUUUGGAUUGUGCAAAUUAUGCAAGCUGCACAAUGCCUUGGUUAGCAUGGUUCUUAAUUUUUAAUUUUCAAAUAAUACCUCUGCUUUUAGCUGGAGAAAGAAUGAGCUAUCCAGGGCAUUGAAGCCCCACCACUGGAAAGCGUAUUUUAGAACCCCUUUGCCUUCUGAGACUUCGUCAGGUGGUAUCCACAUACUUUCAAGCUUAUCUUGGAAACUCAAAGACUAAAAUACAAGUUGUCUCCCCCCCCCCCCACUCCGCCAUUUCAUCAAAUGAAGAUUGAGAUGCUGAGAAAGCUGAAUUCUGCACCCAAGCCACAUUUUGCCCUUUCUCUGCUUGUGCAAAAUGCUACAGAACCAGUUUUGUUCACAGCCCUGUUAGACAUCCAGAAACUGGGACUCAUCCUGUCCUGGUUGUGUGGAAGUCUUUGCCUUGAAAUGUGCAUUGUGACAUCUCAAGGGCUUUCCAAGUAUCUGCCUUACUGUCACGUUCUAAAAAGAGUCAAAAUUCUGCAUGCUUACCCUGGUGUAUUUCUCACAGGAUUUGUUCAGAUUUGGUACUGCUUAUUGUUAAAGUUUAACUUUGCACCAAAAUAUAAUAAUUUGCCCUUCGUUGAAAAGCCAUUUACUCCAUUCUCUAGUGUUGAAGCAGGCAAAAUUUAACUUCUGCAAACCUGAAGACAGGGCUGGUCACUAUCCCUGAAGCCAAGUAGACUUCAAAAUAGUCACUCAGUAAGACAAACUCUAAUUUGUCAAUUGUUAAAUUAAACUCAGAACUCAGGGAAUGCGAGGGUUUUGUUCUUGACAGAGUAGUGUUUGCUUUAUACUCAAGCAGGAAUGUUUCUUUCUUUCCCAUGUGAUGCUCUGUUUAUGUGAAUUGUGCUAAGGCACCUAGAAAUCAUCCAUGCCCCUUGUUCAUUUUAUUUUUGUAUCUGUCACCUAAAAAGAAGAAGCAUCUUUUCUUCAAGCAGGGCAUGUCUACACUACAGAUAUGUUGCUGGUCAGUUCAAAUAACACUUCAUGUCACUCUGGCCUUCUGCCAAAAUAAGAUGUGUGGUUAUGGAAAUCCUCUGCUAAUUUGUGUGUGUUCAAAUUUCACAGCCAGAGUUGGGAAGACGUCACUUAUUAUGUCUCUUGUCAGUGAAGAAUUUCCCGAAGAGGUAAGAUGUGUUUAUUUUAGGUAUCUCUGUAUUUCCCGAGCAACAGCAUCCUCCGGGCAUUUUGCAGUUUCAUAAACAGUUUGCAUGAUAAUUCCAUUAGGAAAAGUGUUGGUUUUUUUAAGUCCCAUAAAAGAAGUAGAAAAAUCAUAAAAUCAAACAAUGCAUUAUGCAGUUAUUGUUUUUAUGGAAUCUGAAGGAUUGAAACUGGAGAUCUGGCCACACAACACAGUUGUGGCAGAAGCUGACAUUUCCCCCAAGUGGCAGAUGAACUUUGUUGAUGAGGGGGGAGUUGGCAUGGAAGACUGAACAGGUAAGGGGCAGGUUGCAGAAAACGAGGCAGAGACACUUUCAGCUCCACUCACGGAUGAUGAUGUGAACAGCCUCUGCCUCCUUUUUUUGCCAUCUCCCCCUGUGCCGCAGCCCUUCCCAGUCACAAGGGGAAGGUUGUUUGAGAAGCGCUGAGGAUGGGGCAAAAAUGUCAGCUUCCACAAGCUCUGUUAGUCAGUCAGAUACCCAGACCCAACUCUGCUUUUCUUCUCUCUCCUCUGCAAACACCUAAAACUCUAACAUAGGUAUUAAAAUAUGUUUUAAUAAAGAUCAGUAGCUGUCGGAAGGAUGUUUGCAAACACAAAGCAAAAUAAAAUGCAAAGGACUUUAUGCCAUUAGGGUGCACUGCUACUGUUUUAUGCAUUUCAAGUUGAUUGUUUGUCUGCUGGCUUUGGCAAUCGAUUUCAUUCACCAGCCUGCACGGUGAUACUAGUAUAAUUCCCAUUAGGAUAAAAUCUGUCAGCAUGCUGGGUUGAAUGAGCGCCAGUUCACCCAAGCAUUUGCUGAACUUUCACUACCCAGCUUUUAGUGAUGAUUUUUAUUGACUGGUUUUUGCUAUCAUGGAUGGGGGUUGCUGAUGUGAUUUGUUGUUUUUUUUAAAAAAAAGUAUCCUACUUUGUUGUUUUAAUGUGUUUUUGUUCUGAUAUUUUCUUGUACAGCACCCUGAGAUUUCUUCAAAAGAAGGGCAGUAUAUAAAUUCUGUAAAUAAUAAAUUACAUGGUAAUUUACAGAGAUGGUGAAAGACUUGGCAAAGUCACUGACUAGUCUGAGAAUAGCAUUAUUGUGAUCCAUCCUGUUGCUCAUUCCAGACUAUUGAGGACAUCAGCCAAUAUGCUAAAUAUUUAGUGGGAUUUCAUAGCUCAAUCCUGUUUAAUGUGAUGUUCAUUCAUUGAUCAGGGAGAUACAUAGCAAAAAUACUUCAAACUGAUUCAUAGCUGAAGUUUAUGUAUAGAAACCAUGAAAUUAAUUUAAAAUAUAUUGGACUAUUUAUUACAAAGUGUUCAAUUUCAAAACUUGGCUUUGGCAAAAUAUGCAAGGGCUUGCAAUUUCCUUGAUGGAGGCCAUAAAACCAUGCAAGUGUUAAGGAUCUGAAAUAUGUUAGCUAAAUUUCCGUUUGCUUCAAAGGUUUCUGAUUGUAUUUAUCAAGUUUUCUUUGGCAUUUGGGCUAGUUUCAAGAAUGCUUCUUUUUCACAAAUGCAGGUUCCUCCACGAGCAGAAGAAAUCACCAUUCCAGCUGAUGUUACCCCAGAGAGAGUGCCAACCCAUAUAGUGGAUUAUUCAGGUAAUGGAUCUGAUGAUUUGACAGAUUUAUAAAACGAAAAGGUGGUGGGAGAGAGAGAGAUCACAAUAUAAUUGACUGACACUAUAAAGGAAGAUGGUGAAAAGUACAUUCACAAGACAGAGAACUAAAGAACCAAGAAACUUCCUCUGCCUAUCAACACAUAAAAGAGGACACAGGCUCCCUGCCUCUAUAGUUCAUGCUUCCACUGAUAAACUAAUAUCCCAAACACUCCCAUGAUCCCCACAAACAUCACUUUUUUCCUUAUUAACACCCAUAUAACCCAACAGAUGGAAAAUGCUCAAUUUUUUAGCCAGGGGCUAAAAGGCCUUUAUUCAGAUGUAUGAAAAGAUACCUGACUUAGGUGUACAUUUUGUAUUGUUAUUAAACCCAUCUUUAGUUGUGUUUUUUUACUGGUUUUAAAACUCUCUUAGCUGUUUUUAUAAAUCUCUUUGAAAUGUGUUUGGAAGACAGUUCAAAAAUUGUUGUUGUUGUUACAUAAAUGGAAGUAGUCACUUAGCUACCCUGAAAUAUGGUCUGUGCUCUUUGGAAGCUGCCUGUAGUCAUGCGGUAGUUGAGAUGGAAGAUCUUGGACAGGAAGAUUGCUGAGAAGGCUCCUGGCAACUCUUAGAGUAUCUUCCAGGUAUAGAGUGCCUGGCUGCUUCUCUGCCUGCCUGCAGCUACCAAGGCACCUGGUAUUUAAGAUGGAUUUAAUGUACAUCUGGCUAGGUGCAGAACUACAUUAGCUUCUGCCAAAUACUUGGAGUAAAGCAAGUGUGUGUUUUUAAUUGGUUGAAUAGCAAUGCUUCCUAUUUGUACAUGCACUGUAAACCCUUGUGCUUUAUUGAGAGAAGUGGGUGGUAUCCAACUAACUCGUUGCAUCAGCGCAAGGAUUUUCACUAGCGCAACAGCCCGGCACGCCCUCCUCAAAUCUGCUCUUGAGGUUUGGAAGAACCCUGGGAACAGAUAUAGGUGGAUGCAGGAGAUAAAAGUUACAUUGCCCAAGAGGAACAUGUUCUUUGGAUACCGCACAGUGUUUCCAUUCUAGCAGUGCUCUGACAACUAUAUCGUCUCAUCACGGGAGUGUUUGAAGUGAGAGAAUUUAUGGAAAAAAUCUGGAGCAGUUCAGCUCUCAGCCAUCUUAGCAGGAUUUCCACCCUUGCUUUUUGUCUGAGUGAAGCAAGCCCUUGCGUUUAGCUUAACUGUUUUGGCAUUCCAUUUGUAGGAUCAUUUGUACUCCGGUAACUAUUUGAAUAGUUAAGGAUAAGAAUGAAAGAUGAUGCAAAAUUCAAAGCAGCAUCAUCCAUCAGAAUGAAAGUUGACGUGCACAUACAGAGUACCAUCCUGUGAAUCAAGGACUAGCUUUACGCUCUCCCUUGUUGUCAAGGAGGGCCAGCUGUAUAUAUGUAAAUGGAAUGGAAUAACUUUUUGGCUAUAGCUAAAAUUCAUUAUCUGGCUACAUGCGAAAGUGUUUUCAAGCAUAGUGGUUAGCUAGUUUUUUAGUUUUUUUUUAAAAAAAUAUUUUUUAUUAACAGGCCAAUCACAUCACAUUAUCCAAAUCACAUUAGUUCCAAAUUAUACAGCCAAAUUUUAAAUUUUAUUGGGGGUACCCAUACAUCAAGCUCCGAACGAGUCCAAACAUCACUUAUAUUGCUGCUUUAAUUAAACAGUUCUAUCCAGUUCAAUCCAGAUAGUCCUUUAUUACUUUCUUCAUCUUCUUGUUGUUAUUAUCAUAUAUUCCUUUCUUUGCGAUCUCUGAUAAUCUUCACAAGCAGAUUAGAGACAGGCAUCCUCUGUGUGGGUUUUGUACUCUCCAAAGAUCAUAUCGCUCAGGGACAGCCGCCAUUCCACGCUUCCAUAAAAAAUUUAUCUUCGGUCUGUCCUUUAAUUUUCUCAGGCUUACCAAGUAUAUCAGGAGGGCUCUGUCAGGAUAAGAUCACAUUCCAACCAACAUUCUCAUUCCAAUGGUCCUGAUUCUCCUCCCCCUGUCUUUCUUUCUCAGGCAAGCCUGUCUUAGCGAGACGCCAUUUUAUGCUGCGUCAUAAAAUUUUCCUCCGUUCUCGUUGUUUACCAAUCAUCUCUUUAACUAUAAUCCACUCCACACAGUUCUUGAAUUCCUGCUUGUGGUUAGUCCAUCACUCCAGUCACAGAGAUCCAUUAAUCAGCAGACUUAUCUCCCGAACGUUGCUUGAUGUAUGUGCUUUAGCUUCAUUCCAAUCGUAUGUUUCCAAUUAUAAUUCCGAGCUAAAGCGAACCAGCACACGCUGAUUGUAAUCGGCGUCAGGAAGAGCCGGCCUCAUCGAGGGCUCAGCCAAGUGACCGGCACCCCCUUCUCUCGAAUCCGGGGGUGCGUUGUGGACACCGCUGGCAAGGCAGCCCCCCCAUCUCCUUGGGGGGGUAGGAAGACUGCAUACUUCCCAUAGCAGCCUCUUAAUUACCUCGUAUGGGUCGGAGAGAUGUUAUUGUCGGCCAUCUUCCAGUGCGCCACCUGGUGGCCCCCCGGUUAGCUAGUUUUAAAGGUAUAGCCCUGCUAUAGAUAAUCACAAGUUUCUGUGUCACCACCCACAGCAAUACUUGGGGGGCCAGUGUGAGGCUUACAGCCUAGCCAGGAUUAUGUAGGACUAACUGAGAUGCCUUAAAGCUAUGGCUUUGCAAAUCCCAGUUCCCAAACUUGUUCCAGUUAACCAUGCAAAACAGAGCUUUUGCCUGACAGUUUUCUUGAACUUGUAAAGUUUUCGGUUGUCUUUCCUAUACGGUCAAACCUCGUGUUACGAACGCUUCAGGUUACGUGUUUUCGGGUUGCGGACCACGGGAAAUCUGGAAGUACCGGAACGGGUUUUUCCAGGUUUCACCGCAUGCGCAGAAGCGCUAAAUCGUGCUUUGUGCAUGCGCAGAAGCCCCAAAUCGCACUGGUGCAGACGCGGCGCUUCAGGAUGCGAACGCUGCGGGUUGCGGACGUGCCUCCGUCUCAGAUUAUGUCCGCGACCCGAGGUUCCACUGUACACUUCAUCUGUAUCAGCAUUGCUCUUAAGAUGGUAUUCAGGAAAAGACAUCUUAGAAACUGCUUUGGAGAGACUGUGCUGCAAGAAUUCUUUUCUCUGUGACAUUCUUUCCUAAUGACAGUAUAUACUUUUCAUUCUCAUCUAAAUUAUUUUCCACUUCCAUGUGAUUUCCCUUGGGAGCUGAAGGCUAAAGAGCAUGUAGCCAAGGAUAUUUCCACGUUUUUGGACAAAACCACACAGGAAGAGUGCACCCAAGUCUUUAUUUUACCAGUGCAAUGAAGCUGUGAGAUAAAACAUGCACAUUUUAAAUAGUAAAACUGUCAUACAUUCACAUAUGUUCAUGGCUGUGUUGGAAAACAGUAGUAAAAUUGCUGUUGCUUUCUGAAAAAAUCCUCUUGCAUAAUGUAGCCACAAACAUUGUGAAGACUACUAAAGAAAAAAAAAUGUAAGAAACCUGGUCUUUGAUUAAAGAAGGCCUGAGGAGAUGAUGGUAUCUGCUGGAGGUGAUAUAAAACUUUUUAAGAAAGGUGAAUGUGUCAGCUUUAGACAGAAUGCAUUUUUAGCUGAAAACUUGAUUCCGGUUGGCAAAUGCUUCUCCACUUAAUUAGCAGUUUUCAUAAACCUCAUUGAUUGAAUCAUCACCAUCACAGAACAAACGAACAAUAACAAAACUUCUCUUGUUUUGCACAGAAUCUGAACAAAGUGACGAACAGCUCCAUAAUGAAAUAUCGCAAGUGAGUCAAAUGUGCCUUUUGCGCCAAAAUGCUUUGUUUUAUAUUUGCCUUGUAAAACAGUGUCAGAGUGAAAUUAUUUCCACCUAAGAAAGGCUAGACUGGCUUUAAUUUACUCUGGAGUCAUUCAGUGGCAUAGGUCUCGGAGCAUAGGUGUGGAGAAUCGGUGCAGCCUGUAAAAUAACAGGCGACUGAUCUUUAUUUUAUUUUUUGCAUAUGUGUGGUGUAAUGUUCAUAAGAUUGCACAAGUUGAUUUCUGCAGAGAAUGAUCUGGUUACCUUGCUCAGACUGUAAAAUUCCCUCCUUCACUAUCUCCUGCCAUUGGGUUAGAUCAUUGGUAACCAACGUGGGGCCUUCGAGAUGGCCAACAACAUUGGCCAUACAAGCUGGGGCUGGCUGGAGUUAUAUUCCAGCAAUAUCUGGAGAACACCAUGUUGGCUAUGUCUAGGCUGAAAACUGAAAUGCCUUGAUUGAGGCCAGCUGUUGGAUGAAGUCAAGUCCUCAAAGCUCUAUCUUUUAUUUAAAAAAAAAAUGCUUUUCCAGCCUAAAAGCCAGAACCAUGCAAGAAGUAAUCUUUGGCGUUUUCCAUUUUUUAACCGCAUGAACAUAUUGGCUUGGAUCCAACGAGCUGUGAGCAGAAUUUUCUCACUGCCUGCACACACCAUUGCUCCCAAGGUUUGGGACACACCCCAUGUGGCAUAGGAUAUGAUGAUAAAAUAGCUCAGUAGGUAGAGCAUGAGACUCUUAAUCUCAGGGUUGUGGGUUUGAGCACCACGUCGGGCCAAAGAUUUCCUGUAUUGCAGGGGGUUGGACUAGAUGACCCUCGUGGUCCCUUCCAGCUCUGCGAUUCCAUGACACACCAAUUAGGGCUUUCCCAUGCACAAGUACAACUGCCUUCUGCUUGAGCUAUUGUUCUGUGGGAUCCAAACCAAUAGGCAUAAGAAGCAAGCCUUUUCUCUUAGGCACAGCUAACCCAGAUGCUGGUGUGGAAAACAUAUUUUCCUCCUCCUUUAUAGAACAUCUUUUGGAUAAAUCUUUGCAAAACCCUUUGGAAGAAAAAGUCCUUCCCAUCAGCUUUUUGUGUGUGCUGACUUAAGUGUUGAAGGAAGCCCAUGCUCGAGAUCCAUAAACAAAAGAUAAAUGCAAUUAAUGGUGUUUCUGGCCUAAUUUAGGCAGAAUAAUCUUGCUGCAACAGAAUGCAAGAUUCCUGCACCUGAUCUUGGGUGAUUCCCUACCUCUGGCUUUCUCUUAAGAUUUUCUGGGGAUACAAGGCAUUGCAGGGGACUGGACAGGAAAGGAAAGAUUGGUUUUGCAAACUGGUCUUCAACUCUCACAACGUUCAUUACAGCCCAAUAUGCAGAUAAAUGCAUAUUGUCUAUUUGUGUCAUCUUGAUUUUAGUUGUCGACUGAAUCAUAUUCAUAAGUAAACCUCUACUUACAGUUACACAGCUUUUACCAUUUCCACCCGUAAUGUAUGCUAAGAUUUGUUCUUCUAGGCGCUAAAAUCUCGGAAAACCUUACCGUCCUCAUCUGGCUAUUUCUUCUCUCUUCCAGGCGAAUGUAAUCUGCAUAGUAUAUGCAGUUAACAACAAGAACUCAAUUGAAAAGGUAUGAGGAAAGCAUUUUUGUUUUGUUCUCUAGCUGGUGUCCAUGACGUAGCUGACCCCUUGAAUGUGCAAGUUUAUAUUUAAGGCAUCCAGAUUCUCAUUUGGAAAAGCUUUGAAUGUCAAGAUGUGGUUUAUCUGCAUAUGCCAAAUAUCCCCCUCCCUUCCGCCCCAAAUACAGCAUUUUCAGUCUUGCAAAGUACAUUACAUCUGCCUUGGUGCAUUGGCCUCCUGGAAUACAGCUGUCCUGCUUACAUUUAAGGAAGGGUGUGGGAGAUAGAAAAAGCUAGCAUUUGUAUUUUUGUAACCUGACUGCACGAACAUUCUGUGUUAGAAGGGAAGGAGUCCCAACUUCCAAAGCACUGAAAUAAAGAUGAAAUGCACUGAAACACAAGUUUCUCUGGGUGGAGAGUGACUAUGUUUCUGUGCUUCUUUGAGUUCCUGGUUGUGGGGUAUGCUGUUUGAUUUGCUUUUUCAUUCUGCCGGUGUUUCCGUAGUAUUAAUUUUGGAAAACAAACAAUAGCUUCUUUAGUAGUAUUUAUCAUUUCUGUCAAAAUUAAAUUCCAAAAAUCUUGCACCAGCUGGCAUUCCCACCAUAAACGAUAAUACGUACCAAAUUUAUUGCAACCCCUCCAGCAAUUGGGCGAUAUAGAAGAAAACAUUUUUGACAUUUGCAGAGCAGUGUGAUACCAUCUGUAUAAUACUUUUAAAGCAUUUUCCAUUUAAAAACUGGAAACGGUUCUUUAGGGUCAGGAUUCCCAAAUUUUAUUCCAAUUCUUGGGAGGAAUUUGUCUGCCACUCUUUUUAAGGGGUUCCAAUACUCAUUGAAUCCAGAAAGCAUGUGGUAAAGCAAUUAGUUUCAGGUUGAAUGUAAAUAACGGCCCAGUCUAAUAUUAUUAAUUAACACUAAUUUGUUGAUUUAGGUAACAAGUCGAUGGAUUCCUCUCAUUAAUGAAAGAACAGACAAAGACAGCAGGUACAUAAGUUUAAAACAAUGUAAAUAGAUCAAAUGCAAAUCUGAGAUUGUUUUAUAAGUUUUGCUUAAGCAAAAAGCGUCAGUAUGAAAUGAGGCCUGAAUACUUACUGCUUAAACACUCAUGAUCUACUUUAUGUGAAGUUUAUACUGUAUUUGUCUUUUAUUGUUUGGGUGAUUGUUGUUAUGAACGUAACAUUUAUAUUCUCUGGCGAGCUGCAGCGUUCUGACAGUUAUUUAUCUAAGGGUGGUAGACGCUUCACAAAACACUUUAUUUCUUUAAACCCAAAUAGUUAAACUGUUAAGCUAUCUGAAGAAUAGUGUUGGAAGCUGAAAUUGCAAUUGUGUUUCAGAAGAAGGUUGAUGAUAAAUUCAAAUUACCUUCUAAACAUUUUUUCUUUGCUUGGCUUAAAUCAGGUCAUAUCUUAGGCAAACACUUCAGGAAGCUGUUUUUAAGUUUCCUAAAGUUUUAAAAAUGACUUUUUCCAAUUAGCUUGUACAUUGUAUGGGGAGACUUUGUGAAUAUGCUUAGUACACUGGGUACUUUAGUGAAUGUAUAGUACAUGAAUUUGUACAGAGGUUACUUGAAAUUUCAAGGCUGCCUUGUUUUUAAUUAUUGUGCACUUAAUUCAUUUUUGGAUACACACGCCGGAGCUCUUGGCUUUGAGGCCACCUGCUGUAAAGAACUUCAAAGUGAAGUCUUUUAUGACUUAGGUUUAGCAGGCAUUGUAAUUUUCAUUGGCGAAUUGGUUUGCGAGUCAUAAAUAUUUUUCCAAGUGAAAUCAGAAUCUUCAAUUUUGCAAAUGCUUGCUCUGGAAGAAGACCCAGUUUUACUCAGACUUGUUUCCUUUUUACCAAAUUAAAACACAAAACUGGUUAUAUAAUAGUUCAGUGGACAGUCAUAAUGAUGAUAGUAUUAUAAGGUGCCAAAUAACUGGUAUUAUAUUUGAUUGCGAAAACUUUUCUCAACUUAUUUUCAGGCUGCCUCUUAUACUAGUUGGGAACAAAUCAGAUCUGGUUGAAUACAGUAGUAUGGAGACGAUCCUUCCCAUUAUGAACCAAUAUACAGAGAUAGAAACUUGCGUAGAGGUAAUCAAAAGCUUUUUCUUGGCAUUCAUAGUGGCUUAAUGGUUACAUUGUUAACUUUAAUAAGAUUUGUUCACUUUAAUACAUAUUAAAGUGGUUUCCCACGCUCCAUAGCCAGUGCUCUCAUCAAAUACUUAUAUUUCUGCGAUUCAUCUUCUUGUUAACUUCUAGUUACUUUCCAAUUGUUAUAAUAAUCACUUAGAUAACAGCUGCAUGCUUUAUGAUUUCUAUUUGUGUUGUUGCAUUAUUUAACUUUUGAUAGGAUUUCAAGUGAGGAGCUCUAACUCUUUCUUUUCAACCUGUGUGUGUCAGUCUAAUAUGUCCCACUUCUGUUUCUCUUGGCCUCUUGCAACGCCCUUGAAAUUCUUCCGCUGCUAUUGUUGUCCUCCCAGUAUAGCUCAGGGCUAUACUCGCAUUUGACAAUGCCAAAGUGGAGCCUUAUCUUCCUUUUCCCCACACCACUCCCCUUUCCCUGGGUGUCCUGUCACUUUUUUCUGUAAGCCGCGAUAGAAGGGCCUGUGCAUGACAGAACAUUUACAUGACGUUUAGCACAUCUUAGUUUAUUUCCAUCAAUCGCUCUGGGAAAUUAAGACUGUUUCGUGACUGGGGGCCUCACCAGCACUGAGCUUUGCAGUGCACCCAGGAGGCUUAAAAGCAGAAUUAAAGGGUUCUCUUGAAUGGUACCUAGGCAGGCCUGUACACAACUUCUCUCAGCUGCCCACCUCCAAAAUUUGCUCCAGUGGGUUGACCAAGCAGAAAUCUGCUUGUGCCACCUUGGAUUCCACCACCCCCUCAAAAAAAAUUGUUUCCAAACGGGACAAAGGGCCAGGAGAUUUUGAGGAUCAUUUCAAAAAACCAGAGCCAUCACCACCUCUGGGCCUUCAUCUCAGUUUUUUUUAAUUGAUGUGAGCUGCUUUGGGGAUGAUAUUGGCAUUAAAAUAAUGUUGCGUAGAAUUAAGGCUGCUUUGUAUUCUUACAGAGUCCAUUAUUGAUUUCAAGUAUUUAUAACCCACUUUUCAAUGUAAACUAACAUUUUAAGCUGACAGUAAAACCAUAACAGCUGGUUAAGGCAUCAGUAAAUAAAAUGGUGUAGAUCAGUCAACUAACUUUAACAGCAUGAAAGCAGCAUUAGAACACACAAGGUAAAACAGCAGUUAAAACCAUUCAAUGUAAAAAAUAAUCCCAUCAGGACCUGAGUCAAUAAAAUGUAGAAUAUUCAUUGCUUGGGCAAAGAAAACAGCCUGGUGCAUAUGUGCUAGGAUUUUCCCCCUGCUUCUGUAUUAAGCUGACAAGACUCAUAAUUUCAUUUUUUCCCCUCUAGUGCUCAGCCAAGAACUUGAAGAACAUAUCCGAACUAUUUUAUUAUGCACAGAAAGCUGUUCUGCAUCCUACAGGACCCCUCUAUUGUCCAGAGGAAAAAGAGGUAUUUUGCUGCUUUUGUGUUAUAAAAUCAGCAUUGCGGGUAAUAUACCCUAAAGUUUGUGCACCAACACAGUCCUUUCUGUCUCCAAAAAGAGCGCUUUGGUAUUUCUCAGUCUUGUAAAGCUAAAAGAGGCACCUGGUGGAGUUCCCAAAUCUUUGCUAUCCUCUGCUUUUGUUUUGAGGCUGAUACUCGUUUAGUGUGAAUUUGAUAUUGGGGUAGCCUGGGUCGAGGUAUUCCAGGAAAAAUUGUCAGAGGAGAUACAGCAGUGGGAAUUGGACAGGGCAUCAUAAGAGAAGAAACAUUAAAUAUCUUGGGGCUUCUGGUUGUUCUCCCAAUCCAAGGGAGAUCUAGGUGGCUGUGACAGCUACCCUCCCAGUUUUAGAGAUUUUGUUCUACUGCCCAUAUUUCUGCCCAACACACUCCCCUCUUGAACGCAAGGGUGCCCCAGAUUGAUAGUUCUGGGAGGUUUCAGCAACCAUUUUUAGGCCCGAAUCCUACUCCUCCAUGUCAUGGUAGGUCGUGCUUGCUCGUGUGUGUGUGUGUGUGUGUGUGUGUGUGUGUGUGUGUUUUGGGCAGGAUGAAGGUGAUCUGAAGGUGGAGGACAGAGCCACAACUUCGUAGGGUUUUAGACAGGCACUCAGCCUGUGGUAGAUUGACUAGAACAGCCUGCCCUCAGAGACUGAUGGAUCCAGCUGGUUUCCUGAUGGCUCUUGGAGAGUUACAUGCUGGGGCCAGUCCCAUUUGAAAUCGUAUUUGAUUGCUGAGAUGAAGGAAAGUCUGUCUAGGUGACCAACACAACUGUCCUUAAAUGCCUUCUCUCCCUUGAUAGCUUGUCUGGCUUCUUGGUUUUCUGAAGAACUAGGUCUGAUGAAAUGACAGUAAUAGAUGGUAAUAUUACAACAGCAGUGACUACAAAUAUCCAUAUCUUCUGGGUGUUAUUUUUAGGAUAUCCGAAUCCCUGACUAAGACAUUCAACAGCUAUCAUUCUCAAUAUUCAGGUGCACCAGUAUUUCACAAAUCUAAGGGCAGAAUACAAACGUAGAAAUAAGUUUAAAAUGGAAGAUUGUAAUUCCAAAUGGGGCUUAAGUCAGUUUUGACAAAAAAAUUCAAUUUUGGCCUGUAGAUAUUGCUGUGAGUCCUACCAAUACGGGGGUGGGGGCACUUGUAUAAUUUUUGGGCCUAAGUCACUGCGUUAGCAAGCCUUGAAAAUUGUGUUUGCAUUCAAAAAGGCCCUAGUCAGAAAUAAUUUUCUUCCAAAUGGAAUGUUAGUCAAAAUUGACUUAAGCCCCUUUUGGAAUUAAACUCUUUAAUUAUAAAGCUUAUCUGUGUUAAUCCUAACAAGGCUUAACACUGCCACCAUGAAAGCUCCUGCUGAUCUUUGUUCUUGAGUUGAUGAAGAACUUGGACGAAAGGGUUGGAUAAUGAUCAGUCCUCCAGUUCUUCAGCAUGUUUCUCAGUCCAAGCUUGUUACAGGCAAAAGGUUCAUUUACACACAGAGAGAGAAAAUGCUCAAAUAUUUAUAUUUAUUUGCCCAAUCCUGAAGAUUAAUUAGUAGCUUUCCCCAUCCUAAAGAUGUGCUGCAAAAGACCCACAGCAAAACAGAAUGGCAGUUCCACCACUUUACAAGUCUGCAUUAAGAGAUCAAAUGUUUGGGUUUAAAAUAAAGUCUUGGGGGGGGGGAAUACUUCCUGUCUCUUGCACUGCUCUCUGUCCCAGCUCCCCUCCUUUCCUUUUCCUAGCAUACACAAACAGAAAAGAAACAGGGUGUGCAGAGUUUUGUUAGAAUUCUGUUCCAUUUAAAAAAAAAACAAAAAACAGGGUUUAGGGUUUUCCUAUUGAAUAAAAAAAAAAAUGGCAGGCCUGCCAGAAUUAAAAAGAAACCCCACUUCUUGCUUUUUUUCUUGAUCUGUAGAUGAAGCCUGCCUGUAUAAAAGCACUAACUCGGAUCUUCAGGAUUUCCGAUCAGGAUAACGAUGGCACCCUUAAUGAUGCAGAACUCAACUUCUUUCAGGUACCUCUCUUCUCCUCCUGUCGCCUGCUGCGUUUUAUCUGUUGCUAUUACCUCCGUCCUAAGGAAAGCAAACCAGCCAGCCAGAUCCAGUGGUGUAAUUUUAAUGCAUUCCUUUCCACCCCAAAGUGGAAAACAUUCCUGCUCACAGGUGGCAGAAUGCUUCUUGUCUGGAUCCAGUCCUUUAUGCUUCACGGUCCCCCAGCCUUACGGGAAGGCUUUUGCCAGGAGGCAGAGCAGGUCUGCGGGAGGGCAGGAGAGAGGAAAAGCUUGCAGCACUUGGGAUCCUGUCUGCUGUCUUUCUCUUCUGGCAGGGAGAAAGAGAGAGAGAGAGAGAGAGAGCGCGCGGGGGGGACGGGGACGAUAUGAUAGCGAGGAGAGGUGUCACUCUUCCAUCUCCUAAGACUGCUUUUUCAGCAGAAAUUUCAGCCUGUGUGAGGGGAUUGUUUAGCAGCAGCCAGAUCAGGAGAAAAGCAGUACAGUGGUACCUCAGGUUAAGUACUUAAUUCGUUCCGGAGGUCCGUACUUAACCUGAAACUGUUCUUAACCUGAAGCACCACUUUAGCUAAUGGGGCCUCCCGCUGCUGCCGCACAGCCAGAGCAUGAUUUCUGUUCUCAUCCUGAAGCAAAGUUCUUAACCCGAGGUACUAUUUCUGGGUUAGCGGAGUCUGUAACCUGAAGCGUAUGUAAUCUGAGGUACCACUGUAGAUGUGGAAAAUGUAGAGUCGCACCUCAGGUGUCUGGAAUGGGAGCUUUCGGGUUCUUUCGGCGUCGUUUUUGUUUCCCCCACUGCCCAUAUGAAGGAAAGGAGGAAAUGCAGAAUCUAGGGGUUUUGUAUACCUGUGAUUGGGCAGGAGCCUAUCCGGCAAAAACAAAAAGUAGCAUCAAAGGAAGAUUUCUCUCCAUCUGCUUUCCCACCUAUGGGAUCUCUUCUUUCUACCUCUGGAAGAAAACGACUGUAAGACCAUAAAAAUGGUCCAUCUGGAAAACGUUAAUCACCCCCUUUCCCAGUACUACUGCUAUCAAACUUAUAGCCUUCCCCCAACUCAGAUACUGUACCCCACCUUCAAAUAUGUUUUAUCAUGUUGAUGUUUUAUUGUGUUUUUAAUAUUCUAUUGGGAGCCACUCAGAGUGGCUGGGGAAACCCAGCCAGAUGGGUGGGGUAUUAAUAUUAAUAAUAAUAAUAAUAAUAAGCUAGAAAAAUGGGGACAGCCAUUCAGCGCCCCAGGAUUUCUGUGUCUCCGGAAACAGAGCUGCACACUCUGACUUUGCUUCUGUUGCCUCUGCAUGAAAAUUACAAACUUUGCCUGCCCUUAGUAUUGUGUAUGUUCAUGCUUCCUCCCUCCUAUGGAGGGGCAGGGAGAAAAUAACAGGGCUCUGGGUGUGCCUAAUUUGAGUGCUUUCUGCUGGGAGACAGAGACAGAUUGACGCCGUGGGGCAGAAUCCGUUCACAUGCAGAACUCUGAGCUCAUGCACAUUACCUUGGAUUCAAACUACCUUCCAUAGACAGAACGGCAUCUUCAGUCUUUGACGGGUUUAUGAUGUAUCCGAGGAAUGCCAGCAGCAGGGGAAGGGAGAAGAGAUUUUUUUUUUUACUGAUCCUCUCUAACCCUGCAACCCCACCCACACCACCCUGGAGGAUUGGGGUGACCCCCUUGGAACUGUGUGGGAGGCCGUGCUGGUGGGAUGGUGAACUGGCAAGUCUUUUCCCUCUUUGCCAGCAGGGGCAUCCCUUGAACAGAACUGCCUUUAGGAAUGGAGUUUGGAUCCAACCCAAUAAGCUAUUUUAUCUUGUGAAUUGCUCUGAGACCCGCGGAUAUAGGGCGGUAAUUAAAUUAUAAAUAUAUAGAUAGAUAGUUCACGUGGUCAUCGAAUGAAAUUUUAUUUGCCCCAAGCCACUGCUUAACUACAAGAAUGGCUUAGAAACUGUGAUCUUGUUUCUGAGCCUGUAGCCAUUGUUGGCACUAUGCAUUCAAACACCUUCUUCUACUGCAGGAUCUGGUAGCUUGCUUGUUGGUAUGAAAGUUGGGAUUCUAACAUGAGAUCAUGGGCUGUAGUGAAAUGUUCCAGGCCACUGAAUGUAUAUUACCAAGCCUUGGUUUGAAAUAGUUCUAAUAUUCCUCCUUCUUCUUUUUAGCGAAUUUGUUUUAAUACACCGUUGGCACCUCAAGCACUGGAAGACGUAAAGAAUGUAGUCCGGAAAAAUCUAAGCGAUGGAGUUGCAGAUAAUGGAUUAACAUUAAAGGGUAAAUACUACAUGUUUCUUCCUUGAAAUAUGAAGAUGACACAAAGAUAACGACAAGAAUGCAUUACUUAACCUCUUGCUAUUUUUGAAGCCACACACAACUGCAUGUUUUUAAGUGUUAAUGCACCGAAGUGUAGUACCCAUUAUGUUAUGGAUAUAUUGAAUUGUAGAUAAUGGGCUUGUCCACAGAACCUGUCACUCCAAAAUGGCAGCGUCUUAAAUUAGCUCCAUCUGUGCAUUUCUCUGCCUUUCUGGAUAUUUUCAAGGUUGAGAUAAACAUGCAAGGAAAAAGUACAUAGAGCACUUUCUUUAAUUUAAGACCCCUCCCAAAUUCACUAUAUUACCUGCCACCAAGAGGUGAGCUGGAAGAAUCGCAAUUACUAUUUUCUUGGAGGUGGAAGCAGUUUUCAGUGUGCUGUCACUACAGCUGCGACUUGGAAAACUGCAAGCUUAACGCAACAGUUUUUACAGGAGAUUCUUGGGUAACAUUUUUUGGGGGGUAGGAGAUUUUAAUCUGAAGAUUAUUUGCUCACUCUCAAGUGAGUGAGUUUGCUCACCCUCUGUUAACAUCUAAAAAUCCCAACACCUGUCAUUGCUAUGUGGCCAAGAUUAGUAAUUUAAGAACGUUCUUUUUUCCAGGUUUUCUUUUUCUACACACACUAUUUAUUCAGCGAGGGAGACAUGAAACAACCUGGACAGUAUUGCGACGUUUUGGAUAUGAUGAUGACCUCGAGCUGACACCAGAGUAUUUAUUUCCUUUGUAGGUAUCAGUAGGGUUUUUGUUUUUUAAAAAAGUCUAAAUGCAAAUAUUUGUUAUACAUUUGAAAGGUAGGUUCCUUAAUCCAAUGCAACAUCUUCAUACUUAAAUAUCUUAUGUGUGUAUGCAUAUGUUGGAUAGAAUUACAUUCAUAUUGUUUCCCUCGUGCCCUGUCUGCUUGUGGACAUCUCACAGACACUUUUGUAAGAAUAAUAAAAAUGUUUCUUGCUCUCUAACCAGAUUAAAAAUACCUCCGGACUGCACAACAGAGUUGAAUCACCAUGCCUAUUUGUUCCUCCAAAGCAUUUUUGAUAAGCAUGAUUUGGUAAGCUUUUAAUCUGACUUGGGCUGUUUUUGUAAGGAAUAUUCAUUGCAUCCUUCUAGCAAUGUCUCUACUGUUGAAAGUACUGGGUGGGUGGGCAGUGGGGAGAACACUCUGAGACCCAUAGAAAUCUCCUUUACCCUAGGCAAUAAAUCAAAAGUGUUUAUUUCAAGGGCUCACAGGUCAAGUGACUGUGUUACAUAACAGGUGUUUCCCUGUCCAGGAGGUUCAUGAUCUAAGCCAAUAGAGGCGAGGCUUAAAGAAUUAUGGAAAAGCAAGGGCAUUAUGGGGAGUUAUUCGACUGGCUUAGUUAAUUAUUUUCUGCUUUUCGUGAUUACCAUUCACUUCUGUUCUUCUAUACAUUGCUUGCAAGCCCAUAUUUGUUUCUUAAACAGAACACAUCUUUGUAAAUAAUGAAUAAAUAAAAAGCACCAGUGUUUCCUAAUUCUGUUUUCAGGACCGAGAUUGUGCUUUGUCUCCUGAUGAACUCAAGGAUUUGUUCAAAAUCUUCCCUUAUAUGCCGUGGGGACCAGAUGUCAACAGCACCGUUUGUACAAACGAAAGGGGGUGGAUAACGUAUCAGGGAUUUCUCUCUCAGUGGACGUAAGUGUGACACUUAAACUGUGAAACUUCCGUAUUUAUUUUGCUUUUUGAAAGGGCUGCCGGAGUUUGAGGGGUGGACAAGGAAUGACUCCUCAUAAUCGAUCCAACCAGUUUAGCUUUAAGGGCACAAAGUGAUUUGACAAAGUCCAUUCUGGGUUUGAAAGGGUCAUAGCUAAUUUGUACAAUCAUCAGAAGCGGCUAGUAAUGUUUUUCCUGUUUCCUGCUGCAGGUAACAAUCUCAGGUGACUGAAGGCUCUCCCUACCUUCUGAAAAAACAACAACCUAUACAGUGGUACCUUAGUUCUCAAACUUAAUCUGUUCCGGAAGUCCAUUUCAAAACAAAAGCGUUCCAAAACCAAGGCACGCUUUCCCAUAGAUAGUAAUGCAAAAUGGAUUAAUCCGUUCCAGACUUUUAAAAACAACCCCUAAAACAGCCAUUUGACACGAAUUUUACUAUCCAAGGAGACCAUUGAUCCAUAAAAUGAAAGCAAUAAAUAAUGUACUGCAGUCACGCAAUCAAUCAAUCAGUAGCUGAACUGGGUUCAACACAGUCACAAAAACAAAACAAAAAGAACCGCAAAAAUGCAAAAUAAAUAGCAAAAACGGGCAGACCUCAGCAUAACACACAAAACGGAGCACGUUUGGCUUCCGAACAAUAUUCGGAAACCGAAACACUUACUUCUGGGUUUGCAGUGUUUGGGUUCCAAGUUGUUUGAGUACCAAGGCGUUUGAGAACCAAGGUACCACUGUACACUGACAACAAGCACAUUUGAAAGAAAGGGGUAGGAUUUCAGUCUAGCCUAACAUGUUAUUUUUCUAUCUGUAGGGAGCUUUUUGGUAGGGUGUGUGGAGCUUGUAGCUCUAAGUCUGCAGUCCGUGAAAAGCUUUGCUAGUUGAUUCUGCCAUAGCUGAAAGCUAGCAAGUCUCCCAGAAAAUGCCUUCUGAGUUUGCUUGCUAAAACUUCUUGUAACGGCAGCUUGACCAGGAGACACUUAAUUACUGUGACUAGAAGUGGUAUGGAAUGGCUUUGCUUUCUGCAGACAGAAUGAAUGCCCUUCUGUCCUUCCUUUCCAUUCCCUGUUUUUUGCCAACUCCUUGCCUUUUUGAGAUAAUGCAUGUGAAAAGAUAAUUUUUUCAAUUACGUUGGUUUCUUUACAAGUCUUUGUAAAUGUAUAGGCUUACUUCAUCUUUACAUACAAAUAUUGAAGUGCCUUAUAUUGGAAUUCUAGACUCAGAGGAAUUUAGACAACUUAGAAAAUUAAUUUUUUUGUUCUCUCCAUCAGACUAACUACGUAUUUGGAUGUACAGCGCUGCCUGGAAUAUUUGGGCUACUUAGGAUAUUCAAUAUUGACUGAACAGGAAUCGCAGGCAUCAGCAAUUACAGGUAACAGCCUACAAUGCUGCGCUGUAUUUUGGAAGGAUUUUAGAAAACAAUUUUUUCACUGCUUAGUUUCCUUUUCCCUUUCAAUUGAGGAUGUGCAACAUCAAAGGGCAGAGUGGCAAGCCGUGAAGUGAUAUGCAUGACACAAACGGAGGGGAGAGGCAUCUACCUGUCCAAUAAUGUGUAGUUCAAAAAACAUAUGAUUUUGUCCCAUCCAUCUUCUCCCCAUCCCACCAAAUCCACUUCAUUAGCUACCAUUUCUGGAGUGUUGGGUAAAUAAUGGUGCCAGUAUUGCUGCAUCAAAGUUUUUUCAAUUUGUUCUUCAGGAGACUUUGUUCAGCACCACCCAUGAACCCCUCUGUCAAGUGGGGGCUAGAGGAAAGGGUCGCUGGAACAGAGUAACCAGGGUCAGCAAACUUUUUCAUCAGGGGGCCGGUCCACUGUCCCUCAGACCUUGUGGGGGGCCGGACUAUAUUUUUUGGGGGGAAAUGAAUGAAUUCCUAUACCCCACAAAUAACCUAGAGAUGCAUUUUAAAUAAAAGCACACAUUCUAUUCAUGUAAAAACACCAGGUAGGCCCCACAAAUAACCCAGAGGUGCAUUUUAAAUCAAAGCACACAUUCUACUCAUGUAAAAACAUGCUGAUUCCUGGACCGUCCGCGGGCCGGAUUUAGAAGGCGAUUGGGCCGGAUCCGGCCCCCGGGCCUUAGUUUGCCUAUCCAUGGAAUAGACAGUUCUGCACAAAAAAUGUUGGAUGGUUGGCUAGUGAGCCAAGAGGGGCAAAGUGUUGCCAGGUCUAGAGCCUAAGCUGACCACUUGCCUUUAAGGGAUAUUUCUGCCAGUUGUUGCUUUGACCAUGGCAGCAACAUUGUGACUGUGUUAAAAGUUAGCAGUGAGCAAAGAGGUAGUGGACUGGGUAUUGAAUUUUGCAUAUCAAAUAACUAAUCAUAGAACUGCAGAGUUGGACGAGGGACCCUGAGGAUCAUGUAGUCCAACCCCUGCAAAGAAGGAAAAAGCAACUGUCCCAUGCGAGGAUCACCAUCCAUUCUUCUCCCCUGUUGCUAGCUAGACCCAUCCAGAGUACCUUUAGGGUAUUGAUGGUCCUGUGUCCAUAUAAUAAAUGAUCGAUUGUACUUUUACAGUAGAGUAUUUGGACAAAUGUUUCCACUGUCACUUUAAAGCACAAGGACAGCAGGCUCCAGGAAGUUAGCUGGGAAGUUCUGAAGAAUUUAAUUUAAUCUCUUCUUAAGAUUGUUACCUAGGAAAUAUUUGGUUAUAAUCCAGUUGGCUGCCAACUCUGUAACAAUAUAGGUAAAGGUAAAGCUAAAUGACCCCUGGACGGUUAAGUCCAGUCAAAGGCAACUAUGGGGUUGCGGUGCUCAUCUCGCUUUCAGGCCGAGGGAGCCGGCAUUUGCCCACAGACGGCUUUCUGGGUCCCUUUGCAGAAGUGAAACUGAUCCAAUGGAAGGAGGGGAAGAGACUUUUUUUGCCAUUUCCCUCCUGCACCCCCCCAGUGCCAUUUCUCACACUGUUCUUGACCUCCCCCAUCCUCCAGAUUUCCAUGGAGCACCUGGUUAGCUAAGUUCUCUGGAUCCCAAACUCUUGAUUCUUUUAUGGUUGUGCACAUUGUUACAAAGCAUAGUAUUCCUGUGUCUGUAAUAUGUACAUCUGUGUGAAAUCUUCUCUCUCCCCCCCUUUUAAAAGUAACUAGAGAUAAAAAGAUUGACCUGCAGAAAAAACAGACUCAGAGGAACGUGUUCAGGUGCAAUCUAAUUGGGGUGAAAGGCUCUGGAAAAAGUGGAGUCCUCCAGGCAUUGCUUGGAAGAAACCUAAUGGUAAGAAUUCUUCUGUUCUUUAUUAACAGGUGGUAGCCUGUGACACUAAAACAGUACAGUCGUACCUCAGGUUACAGACGCUUCAGGUUGCGUUUUUUCAGGUUAUGGACCGCCGAAACCCGGAAGUACCGAAAUGGGUUACUUCCAGGUUUUGGCGGUCGCGCAUGCGCAGAAGCGCUAAAUCGCAACCUGCGCGUGCGCAGACGCGUCACUGCGGGUUGCAAACAUGCAUCCCACACGGAUCACGUUCGCAACGCGAGUGUCCACUGUAUUGUGGUUAGGCAGUAACUGCUGACUUGCAAACAUAACUCUUUUCACAAUCUAUCCCUUCUUUUGCUGCUUCUCUUUCAUUCGCCCCCUGUUUGUCUGCUCCCUCUUUCUGAGGUGAUGGAGAACUGGUCAGUAUUGAGGCUGUUUCUCAAAGGCUAGAAGAAGUGUCUAGGGUACUUCCACAGGACUUAUUCUGUGGGUUUGGAUUAUGGCCAAGAGAGAAAGCGACAGAUUUUCUCUAGAGUGCUCCAUCUGGACCAGAGAAGGAGCACUGCAGAGCUGCUGCUGCUGCGGUGUGUGUUUGUCAGAGUUCCUGCAAUAUGUUCUGAGAGAAUCCCAGAGUCCGCCAAGCACUUCUGAGAGCUUGAAAGCUCUUUCCGCACCAGGAAAACGCAACGCAAAAGGAGCAUUUAAACUCUCUUGCCUUGCAUGCAGUUGAUUUGCGGGAUUUCAACUGGCCGGCUUUCAGCCACGUAAGGUUGAAAUUGCGCAAGUUAAUUGCGCACAAAAUGAGAUUGUACUAAUUUUUUUAACACAGUUUUCAUCUGAGAGACUCCUGAUUUAUCGUUCGGCAAAUUAGGAUUUGUUCUUUUCUGAUGAAGCGUAAAUUAGUUUGUUCAUGAAAGAAGCAUUUGCUUUUAAAAUAAUGGAAUUCUUUUGUGCUUUCAGAGACAGAAGCAUAUACGUCCAGAGCACAAAUCUUAUUAUGCAAUUAAUACAGUCUAUGUGUAUGGACAAGAAAAAUACUUACUGGUAAGAUUAUAUCGUUAUAUUGGCAUAUGAAUAUGAAGCAUUAUUCUUUCAUGCCUCUUUUCAGAGUAUCAGUGGAAUUGUAUAAAAGUUUUGCAAUCCAUUUAGUAUACAAAAAAAAGUGCAGUGUUUACUUCUGACACCAUACAAAUGCAUCAAUUGUGAAACAUCUUGCUAUUUAGAAAUUGAAAGCUGAAACUGCUUUCUUUCAUGAGACUUGUAUUUCAUUUGCAAUGGUAACUCUUGACUUGUGGCUUCUUUAUGCAGCAUGUAUGUAUGUAUGUCCUGUUGAAUUCAUAUGAAAAGAUCACUGACUGCAUUUAAAAUACACACAUAUAGGCAUACAGGCUCAUUCGCUCCAAGAAAUCUUCCUCUCCUAGUAAAGAGUGGCUGAUCUCUAUAAGCAGAUUCUGUCUACAUCCAUGUUAGUUGCAUUUGGGUACAUUUAAAAGACAAAAACGGGGGGACCUGAAUGUGAAAGCAAAGAAGUAUGCUUGAUGCUUGCAAAGUAUAUUUCAUAAUUUUUUAUCUCUCCCCCCCCACACCCCUUAGUUGCAUAACGUUUGUGAAUCUGACUUCUUAUGUGAUUCUGAAAUCAUGUGUGAUGCUGUAUGCCUAGUUUAUGAUGUCAGCAACCCCAAAUCCUUUGAAUACUGUGCCAGGAUUUUUAAGGUUUGUAUGUUUUACGUCUCUCUUCUAAGAGUUACAAAAAAUCUAGAAAAUAAAUACACACACACACAAAAUACGUAUCUUUUAGCAGUAUAGCAAAUAAAUGUUGCAGAAACAUGCAGGUAUUGUAAAUAAUACGUCAAAUGCAUUUGACUCAAGAUAGUUUGUCUCCGCCCCCUUCCCUCUAAUCUCUCUAUAUCUUAUGUUACAAGAGGGAGGGGAAUCAGCUUUAUAACCUGAACUCCAUAGAAGAAGGGCAGUAUAAAAAAAAAAAAGAAUUAAAAACAGGUUACUAUCAUCAGGGAUGUAUUGGCAGGAGAUUUGGACUAGAUGGCAUUUUGAGGUACCUGUGAUUCUCACCUGUACUUGGCAAAGGGAAGUAUGAUAGGUUUCCUCUUAAGGCUACUUUACAUGCAACAGGAUUCCUACAGGAAUAAUGUCUACAUUGAAAUUUGCAAUAAUUGUGCAUGUAGAUUUAUUGUGUGUGAUUCUCCUUCACUUGCGUGGAUGCUCUGGGAAGCUUUUAUUGACUGCACCUUCUUAGCAAAUGUAUACACACUGAUUUAUAGUGUUCAGGAUAAUGCCAUAUGGAGUCUAAUUUGGUACUUUAUUUUGCGAGGGAAGCAUUUAUCAUAAAAGUAAAGAGAUUCCAGGCAUUGUUCACAAUAUUUCCCCAACAAAUAGUUUCUUGUGUAACUUCAAACAUUUCAGAAUAUCAAAGAUUUCCCCAAAUUUGAUUCAGAUAACAACUUCAGAUUAAAAAGAAUCAUAUACCUCAAUGCGGCAUUUUCAGCAUAGCUGCUCCCAAAAACUAUCUUCAUUGGAGAAGUGCUAUGGAGUAUAAUAUAUAGUCGUACUUGGCUCCUGAACGCCACAAACCUGGAAGUUUGCAAACUAUUCUUGGAAGUUGAACAUUCAACGGGGCUUCUGCAACUUCUGAUUGGCUGCAGGAAGCUCCGCACUUUGAUUUCCGAACAUUUUGGAAGUCGAACAGACUUCUGGAAUGGAUUCCAUUUGACUUCCAAGGUACGACUGUACUGAAUUUUUUAAUUUUUUUGCUGGAUCAGUCUCAAUUUCAUAUCUAAAGAAGCAGUACAUAUAGAUUAUUUUCAUUCCUUAGGCUGAAUGAUGCAUUCUAGUCCACACUUCUCUAAGUUUCCGAACUUCUAUGUCACAUUAAGCAUUUGUAUACAACAGUUUUGGGUUUAACUCUCUGUAAGAAUCCAAAAGCAGUCUUGCUUUGUGAUUGCGGGACAUGGGUUGUGAGAUUAUUGUUUGAGGAAAAGCUUAUAGAAAGCCCUUUUGGAUUUGCAUAAGGACAGUCAGUGUGAAUAAGUAGAUUCUAUGAAUUUUCCCCAUUUGUAUAUGUUUUCUAUUUUGUGUCUGUCUGUGUUUUGCUUUGUUUUUUAUUUAAAUAUUUAGCAACACUUCAUGGACAGCAGGAUACCUUGCUUAGUGAUAGCUGCCAAGUCAGACCUUCAUGAAGUUAGACAAGAGUACAGCAUUUCCCCGGCCGAAUUCUGCAAAAAACACAAAAUGCCUCCACCACAAGCCUUUUCUUGUAACACGGUUGAUGCACCGAGUAAGGACAUCUUUGUUAAGUUGACAACGAUGGCCAUGUAUCCGUAAGUACCCAAAGAACCCCAAUAUUCAUAACUGCAUGGAUCAUGACAACUUUGCAUGUUGUUGUUGUUGUUGAUGUUGCCAUAAGGAUGGAACUCUGUGCCUCACUGAAAUUUGUGUUUAGCAACAGAGGGAGAUGUUGGUGAUGCAACUAAACAAAGAAUUUUAAUGCUGAAUUGGCCAAUAAAUGCAAGUAAUCUAAAUUGACUGCAAAAAGCUCCUGCGUACCAACUGUUGCACGUAAUGUGAUUUUGAGAAGUUUGUCUGAAUACAUUGCAGAAUCGCAUCUAGCUUAAAGACAUUGGGUUCUAUUCUCUCCAUAAAUGCAUGCACUGCCUUGCUCGUUGUCAUUACUCAUUCAUUAACGAAGAGUGUUGAGCAUGUCCCAAGGAGACUGGACCCUCGUUUACCGGGAAUCAAAUCAAAUCAAAACUUUAUUGCGGUCCAAAGACCCACCAAACAAUUUCAAAACUAGAUACAGUUAAAACGACCAGACAGACAGAUGGAAGAAACCAAGGCAGUCAUUUUGUUUUAUCUAGGGCAUAAUGAUCUUUGUUUCUUAUAACCUCCGAAAGAAACUUUGCCACGGCCAGUGUAAUAUCAUUUGACCUGUCUUCCAAAAGAUAUUUAAUGUGGGAGGCUUCGGAUUUUCCCGGCUAAUUUGCCAGUAAGGGUUUGAUCAGUUGAUCCCUUGCUUGCUCAUAUUGCCCACAAUGCAAUAGGAUAUUCUUCAUACAGUCGACCUCCUGGAAACAUAAACAAAGCCUAUUCUGAUGGGGGAUGCCUCUCAGUCUGCCAUUUAGAACUUCCGAGGGAAAGACAUUUAGUCUGGCUUUGGUAAAUAAACUCCGAUAGGUAGGUACAGACAAAUUCCUAAGGUAUGAGGAUAUCUGAAAGUCGUACCAGUAUUGGAUUCCAGCUGCAACCAGGCUGCAAAUUACAUAAGAUCGGGAUCGCAGGUUGCUAUGUGAGAUGUCCCAAAGCCUUUGCCUCGGGGAUUCAAGGGCAGUGUUACUGGGAACCAAAACAGGUAUAUUUACAUUGGAGGGGGGGGGCAAAACACAAGGCUUCAGGUAAAACAUUUUUUUCCCUUUUUGGAAGUCCCCAACACUGUAUAUUUUCACAGAUGAAGAAGAGCCCAACCUCAAAAUACAGACUUGAGAGAAUUUGGCUCUCUUGGUGGUAUCUGGUUUAUCAGUGUACCUUAUUAGCACAUUUCCUCAGUAGGCCUUCAUAAAUAUAUGGGCCAAGCUCCAAGAAUCGUGAAACUAGUUCCAGGUGUCCAAGGUGACUCUGGGUUCAAGAGCAGCGCUCUAUGCCACAUGGCAAAACACUUCCAAAAUGGAAGGGAAUUGGAAACAGAUUUUGAAACGUGACAUGGUAGUCUGCUAUUCAAAGAAAAUUCCCUGAAUCCUGCUAGAUGUAGCCAAGCUCUUAGGCAUAUGUAAACUCGUUUUUUGGAUCACAGUUAUGUUUCACCACAGUGUUGCGGGGGGCAGCAUGUUUCUCGAAUCCUUUUUAUUUAUUUAUUAGAUUUAUAUACCUCCCUUCAUCAUAAGAUGUCAGGGCGGUUCACAGAGUAAAAUACAGGAUAAAAACAUGGAAAUAAGUAAAACGAAACGGCAAAGCAGUAACCGCACCUUCCCACAGACACAUUAAAAAGGCUGUAGAAUAUUAAUCAGCCAAAGGCUUGGUUGAAGAGGAAUGUUUGCCUGGCACCUAGAAAUAUAUAAAAUACACACAAACAUAAACAUAUUAGAUAUACAGUUGUACCUCGGAAGUCGAACGGAAUCCGUUCCGGAAAUCUGUUCGACUUCAAAAAUGUUUGGAAACCAAGGCGCAGCUUCCGAUUGGCUGCAGGAAGCUCCUGCAGCCAAUCAGAAGCUGCGUCAGACGUUUAGGUUCCAAAGAAAGUUUGCAAACUGGAACAGUCACUUCCGGGUUUGCAGGGUUUGGGAGCCAAAACGUUCGACUCAUAAGGCAUUCGGGAUCCAAGGUACGACUGUGAUAUAAUGGGGAACCACUACAGAGAAGGCCCAUUGUACAGAGAAGAACUACAGAGAAGACUACUGCUAAAAAAAAAAAAAGGCUCAGUUUUCUAGGGUGGGGUGUAGACAUUGGUGCACAUACUGGACAGAGCAAAGACUUGUCAAAUAAGAAGUGCAUGGUUUCAGCUUGGGAUACUGGAGCAAUUGCAAUUGCCUUUCAGAAUUGGAGCUCCUGGCAAGCUGGAAGCAAAGCAACUUGAAAGUAUUUUUAACUCUCCUCUUUUUAAAUAGCCACACUACUCCAAGUUACAUGACACAAAUCCUAAUUACAAUACUUAUUUACAGCAGUAGUAAGCUCUAUAGCGUUGGGACACGGGUAGCGCUGUGGGUUAAACCACAGAGCCUAGGACUUGCCAAUCAGAAGGUCGGCGGUUCGAAUCCCCGCGACGGGUGAGCUCCCGUUGCUCGGUCCCAGCUCCUGCCAACCUAGCAGUUCGAAAGCACGUCAAAGUGCAAGUAGAUAAAUAGGUACCGCUCCAGCGGGAAGGUAAACGGCGUUUCUGUGUGCUGCUCUGGUUCGCCAGAAGCGGCUUAGUCAUGCUGGCCACAUGACCCAGAAGCUGUACGCUGGCUCCCUCGGCCAAUAAAGCGAGAUGAGUGCUACAACUCCAGAGUCGGCCACGAGUGGACCUAAUGGUCAGGGGUCCCUUUACCUUCAAGCUCUAUAGCAGAGCUUUACAUACUUUUUAGACAUGCAUCAUUUCGUAACACAGUAAUUCAGUUUUACUAGCAAGGAGCGUGGGGAGCAUGUGCGUGAGACACCUACACAAGACAGCCGACACACUAGCAUGUCGCGACACACAGUUUGGAAAGCUCUGCUCUAUAGAAAGGUAGAUAUUGAUGUGAAAAAAUGCGACACCCUCAGGAGGUUUCAAGCUGCACAUUUGCUAAAGCAAGCUGGCCUACAGUCACUGUUAAUACUGUCAUUGUUUUCUGCGAUUCUUGCACCAUAUUUUCUCUAGCAGCACCAUAGGAGUUCUCUUGCUUUUGUUUAUCUCUCUUUUGGACCACACUUGUUGCUACUCAAAUUUAAUAGCUAUCCUACAUUUCAUGUAGAUGCUUGUGAGCCCAGAGAUUGAAUGCUUCUCAGAGUUGCUGUUUCUUGAACUAAGCAUCUUGCUCUGUUGCCAAACAAGUUCAGUCUGCAGACUUUGUGAGUCUGGUAGGUCUAACCUUCUCUGCGUUGUUGGUUUAGACAUCGCUUAAAAUGACAGGUUCAUUAUAGUACAAUAGUGGAUAUUCAGUGCAAUCCAAGACUUCACUGGAACAGGAACUUUUUGUUUUAGUUUUAUUUUUCAUUUUUUUCUGUGAGGGACCAUGUGUUUGCCACAGGGACUGACCCUCCAGGGCUAACUACAUGCCCUGUAAAUCUUUCAAUAAAGUUGGCAAUAACCUUGUCCUCACAUCUAGUAAUCAAAUGUAGAAUACCUUCAAACAUUCAUUUUCCAUUUUUCGGUCUUGGAGACCGAAUCAAUUAAUUCUCCCCCCCCAAACCACUUUUAAUUUUCCUGUGCUGCUGUGCACUUGAACAUCAUUGCUGAAGGGUUAUGGCUGUCACUUGUUCAAAUGGGUUAAUUUGAUUGCUUUCACCAGGAAGUCCAGAUUUUUGGGGGGUGGGGUGCAGAGGACAUCUUAAGUUCAGGCUCCUUUUUAAAAAAGUCUUCUUCAAUGCAUUUGGCCCAGCUGGAAUAGUCAAAUGUUUUGAGAAAUAUAUGCAACAGUGUAUUUGACCUUCUUACCUUCCCUUUCUCUUUCCCCAAUUCUUAAGCAUGUGUGUGUUGGUUGGGAUGGAAGAGGUAAGGGUAGCUGUUGGCUUCAUGAAGUUGUUCAGUUUCAGUAGCAGGAGAAAGGAACUGAAUUCCAUUCUUUCUAUGGAUUGUGGAGGAGUUGCCUCUUGUUAAACAAGAGCAUAUUACAUUCUGCUUCUCUUUCUAAGCUCUGUAUAAAAUAAAAGUUGAAUCUCCCUCCCUUCUCUCUCUCUUCCUCUUGUUGGGGAUACAGGCAUGUGGGCACAACGCACUUUUCUAAAAUAGUCUCCUCCUGGAAAUCUGUACAACUUUAGCCUACCCUUGCCUCACUUUUCCCCGGAAUGUAACCAGUUUUAUCCUCACCGCUCUUGGUUUUGGCUCAGCCCUGGUUUCUGCCUGAGAUCUCAAUUCCUAUCCUUCUGUGUGUUUUUGCAGCCAUGCCCGAUUACGCUGUAUGUGCACCUGCAACAGGUGUACAUUUUGCAUCUGUCAGAACCUCCUCAACUCAGACUUGCUGCAAUCUGUAAAGAACAAACUCUUCACCGCAGUUCUUAACAGGUCUUUGAUUUUUAUUUACUAGGUACCAGGCGUGCUUUAAAAGUACUUUUAUUAAAAGAAAUGGUUGAACUUUGUAACUGAGACACAGGCACUUUGCUCCAUAUCCACUGAGCAGGCAAAUGUACCCGAUAUACAAGCUUUUCUCUUCAGGUAGUGCUUAUCCUAAUUGGCAUAUUGAAUCUCAGCCAUUUAGCAAGUACAAAAGUAGCUUAAUGUAGCUUGCUAGAGAGCUGGGGGGGGGGACAAGCCCUCGCUAGUCAUUUCAUACAAAAUAUGCAGCUUUGAUGUAGAUUUUAAAAUUUCUAUGUGCAGGCAAGUUAAGACAUGAGAAACACUGUACAGCCCUGGUCAGCAACUAAGUUUCCCACAAGGCAAUUUGGACAAGGGAGUGGACCAGUGGUACCCUUGACCAUAAAAGUGACUUGCCGUUGGGUUCUGUUACCUCUGAAACCAUUUUCACCAUGGUUUUGCCUCUUGUUCAGCAACCAGGUGGCUAAUUAACAUCUUUUAGGGGGCUAGAUUUGACCGAGAGCUUCUGGUUGCUGACCUCCAUGCCCACCGUACAGUCUAAAUAUGUGUAUAUUUUGGUUUAUCGAUAUGAGUCAAAAUCACUUCCAGAGUUUAGAGCACAAAUGCUCAGUCCCUGCAAAUGGAUAUGGUGCGACGAGAUCUGUGGCAUUAACAACAAAUUCCUCCUUUAGAAAAUAAUCCCUACUUACAUAAGUUUUACGAAUGCAGCUGGGGCGAAUCGUUCUCUGUUCAAGACAUUCAUAUAUUUUCUUUAGAAAGUUACUAGCAACAAACUAACACUGGCUGAAUACUUUUUUAGUACAGUAAGCCCGCAACUUGGAUGCAUUCAGCUUUAUGCGCGUGGCAAAAAAACUAAUAAUAAUAAUAAUAAUAAAGGGGCGGAAAGGUUCCAGAAAAAAGGUCUUUGGCAAUCUCACCUGUCAUUAAACCCAAUGGCUUUAGACUAUACGUGAUUUUGGCUUUUGGGGCACGAUCCUUGGAACGUGAGUUGCAGGCCUACUGUAUUACAAACAGUCCCGCAGCUUACCUACUAUGCUCCUUGUGUCUGCUAAAUCCUUUUUUUCUUUUUGCGAACAUAGAACAGGAUUUGCCAGCGUUCACUAGUAUCAGAUCAGACCCAGCAGAUGAAUGGGAGUUAAAAAUCAAAGUAUAUCUCCAUGGCGUAGUACAGGGUUGGAGUUGCUGGGGCUGGAGCUGGGUCCCCGGUCCCCCCCCCCCCCGCAGCUAGGGGGAACUUGUUUAACAGACAACAGUAUAGGAUAAUUAUAAUUCUUAUAUGCACUGGGAAACACACCCCCCCCCAAAAAAAAUCGUGAAUUGCUUUACUGUGACAUUCGCUUUAUUGCGGUGGUCUGGAACAGAACUCGCAACAUCUCGAGGUAUACCUGUGUACUCCCUUAGCUGGUAGCCUUGUUUUAGUUGCCUGUGGUUGGAAAGCAAAGUUUAAAAUGCAUUAUGUAGCUUGAUUUGUAGAACGUCGGCUAGCAACACACACUGGGUGCAUGAAGGCAGUUCUGUUUUCCAACGAACAUUUCACUACAGCUUUUCAUUAACUGUCUAUUAGGAAGAUCUGUAAGGAACAUGAAAGUAUUCGUGCGGGGGGGGGGGUCUUCCAUAGUCUGAACCCCUCACCCCAUACCUAUGCCGCUUGUUCCUUCCAGCUGCAGAGCUAGCUAUUAACUGCAGCUGGAAAACUUAAAUAGGAAGCCAGUCUCUCAGUUGUUUUUCAGAAGACUCCUGGAUAGCUCAAGUGCUCAUACCCAGCCUCCCUGCAACCCAGGCAAGAAGAAUGAGGUCAUUACCCUGACCUCUGUUUAGAUUAGAGCUGGUACUGUGCCAGCAACAGGUCUCAAAUCUUACAGUUCUCCUCAUUCAUCAAGAUGGGCACUCAAAAGAAAAUACAAUCUCCUCUUGAGGGCAAGAGGGGACGGAAAGGUUGGGGGGCGGUUGUUCAGCCGGAGCUGGGUAGGCAGAAUCUGAUCUCGGAGCAAGAGGAUAAGGAUCUUUCCCCUCAAUCCCCAGAUAACUUUCUGUCAUCAUUGUUUGAGACCUGGGCCUGUCGGGCUCCUUUUUUUGUACCCACGGCUCUUCCACAAAAUAAGCAUUGCUACACAUAGACAUUAGCAAGUCAGGGAGAAGGCUUGGCUAGAUGAUUUCAUUCUGAACCUAAUCUUUCAGAUGUUUUGGGUGUGGGUGUGUUUGCACGGAACAGCAUCAGUCAUGUGAGCUCCCACCCAUAGACUGAAGUGGCACAGUGCAGACAUACAGUUUUUCACCUCGGCCACUGUUUAUGAGAACCUUGGCUUGAGAAGUUGUUGAACUCCAGCUCCCAUCAGCCCCAGACAGCAUGACCGAUUGUUAUGGAUGAUAGCCACACCGGAACUACGAGAAUCUUAGGUACUUUGGCUGAGAGAAACCUGCACCUGAAAUUUGGGAAGGCUACAGGCAAUGUCAUCUAACUUUGUUAAAAUCUGGUUCAGAAUAAGAACAGAGUACAGUCAUACCUUGGUUGUCAAACGCCCUGGAACUUGGACAUUUUGGCUCCCAAAUGCCACAAACCCGGAAGAGAUUGUUUCGGUUUGCGAAUGUUCUUUUGGAACCCGAACGUCCAAUGGGGCUUCCAUGGCUCUAAUUGGCUGCAGGAGCUUCCUGCAGCCAAUCAGAAGCUGUGAUUUGGUUUUCGAACGUUUUAGAAGUCGAACGGACUUCCAAAAUGGAUUCCGUUUGACUUCCAAGGUACGCCUGUGUUCUAAACCUCCACUUCUUUGGCUCCUUAUUUGUGUGCAGUAACUGCUUUGCGUAUAUGCACUCAGAGCAAAAAAAGGGGGAUCUGUCACCUCUUGAGUGCAUAUGCAAAACUGCCUGCAGGUUUUCAGGAUGUGAGCAUAGCCUAUCUGGGUUUUGCUAUUUCCCCCACUGCCUCCAUUUUACUAGGUGGCACAUCUAUGGGAGGUUUAUGAGUGAGUCCCAUAGAAAGAACAGUGUGAUAAGUGGUUCUGUAGUUUCAGAGAACACCAAUAGUUCUCUUCUCAGGAAACUUCAGAGUAUUCGUCCCUCUCCUCUAUAUAUCUCACUGAUCUCAGUGGGACUCUUCAAGGUAAAGGAGGAGAGCAUUGCAGCCUUGAAUUAGAGCAGACACACUUUUAGACACACUUCUAAUCUUUGUGAUGGAACUGUUCCCAAAAAGAAAGUACAUUCCAUUAAUUGAGGUCUUAUGAAAAUGAAUUUCUGGACCAUAAGCCUGGAAGUUUGAUGAUACUUUAUUCUAGCUGGUAAGCGGGGAGCUGCAAGACUGAAGUUGUAAGCCUCAUGUCACCCUUGGGGGUGGAGUGGGCAGCUGUGUGGGGGGCAGAGGCAAAAAGCCUACAGUAUGCUUCACAGGAACUUUUAGCAAGUGCUCUGGAUCCACAGACCUUUUAAAAAGAAAUUAUAAAAAUGGAAAAUCACUGCAAUGCUGAAGUAUAUCCUGUCGUGCAGGGGUGUGGAGUCUUUAUCAGCCGAAAGGCUGCACUCUUUUCUGGGGCCCCUUUUGAGGACUUUUGCCAUUGGUGGGCGGGGCCAGAGGCAAAAGUGGGAGGAGGAACUAAUGAUUACCUUUAUAUAAUCGUCUAUUCUUUAUUGUUUCUUCUGAACAAGCAAGAAACAUUGACAUAUUCAAAGGACAGAUUCCAGGAAGGCAAAAAUGCCCAAGGUAUAAAGCAGACUGUGUGGCCUGGGGAAAGUUUUUGGGGCAAAAUAAAGGGCCUGUUAUUUGGCUGUAGGUUCACCACCCCUGGCACAGUUGAAUGCAGUAGUCUUGGUUUGAGCUUUCCAGGAAUUCUGACUUUAAAUCGUUAAUUAGGAACAUGACUGAUUAGGAACAAAUACUGUACACCACAUGCCUUCGAUAAAACAGUUGAGCCAUGCUGGAUUAUUUUUGUUUCAUUCAUUUUCUCCUUUUAGGUGUUCAUUUUCAUUUGUCUGGCUGGCAUUUACUCUCCUCUUGCUGCAUUCUUGUGCCUCUCUUUGAAAAGGACGUUUCUGCGUGUGCCUUCUAAUUCCGUGUGUGUGUUUCUGAUCCAUCAGCUUGGCUGUUUCCAUUUGGUUGUCUGCAUGUCUUGUAUAUAUUGGAGGCUGAUAUUCUGUGUCUGCCUUGUUGCCUUAUUCCUCUGGCAUGAUUAGUGUUUUACUCUGGCCGGAAUCCCUUCAUGGGUAAAGUUGAAGCUCAAUAUGAUGGUAGGAAUUUCCAUCUGAGAGGUCACCCCCCCCCUCAAUCUUGAUUCUUUGAAGCUGAAAGCCUAUUGGAAAGGCUUUUUCUUAAAAUAAAUAGAGAUUGGCCAUUGUGUUAAAAAAAGAAGAAGCAAAAACCCAAGUGUUUUCAUUUUUGUGAGUUUCAUAAAUGGAAAAGAGCUACGCAUCUCCUGUUACAUGGAAUCAAUAUCUUGGUGUGUUGCGUUGAUUAUGCGCUGAGCCAAGAAUGAUUCCAACUAGUGUUGGUGAGCCAUCUUUAUCUCUCACUUUAAAUUACCGUAUUUUCCUGUGUAUAGAACUUAUGGCUUUUUUUUUUACAAAAAAAAAAAGUUUGAAAUUGGGGCUCGCCUUAUACACGGGUAGUGCUGAGGGGUGUUUUCUUAAUUUGGAGUCCCCAAAAAUACAUGGGGCUGUCUUAUACACGGGAAAAUAGGGCAUAUCCUCACUUUAUAUUCUCUACCACCCUGAAGUCACAAUUAUUUGGCUUGUUUCCCUUUCUUUUUUAAAAAAGACAUCUGAAGGCAGCCCUGUUCAGGGAAGUUUUUAAUAUUUAACGCUGUAUUGUUUUUAAUACUUGAUUCGGAGCCACCCAGAGUGGCUGGGGAAACUCAGCCAGAUGGGCGGGGUAUAAAUAAUAAAUUAUUAUUAUUAUUAUUAUUAUUAUUAUUAUUAUUAUUAUUUCUGAUGCUGUGGGAAAUGAUUAUGCUUCCCAAUUUCUUUGCCCCCUUCCAAAGGUGUGUCAUUGGGACUACAAAGAUCAGGAACAAACCCAACAUGGUGCCCUUCACAUAUUGUCGGACUCCAACUCCCAGCUGGUCUGGGAUCAUAGGAAUUGUAGUCCAGGAACCAUAGUGGCUAGCCCUGCCACACAUGGCAUUUUAAUUUACAAGUACCUGUCAUUGUUGUGUGUGGCAGGGCCCUUAUUUCUUCUCUCCAAGCUCCUAUACCUCUCGACCCACAAUGUUGCCUUCAUUUGAGGGUUGUCUUUGAUGUGCUUGAUUCAUCCUCCCUCCAUCUUCAUGAAUGGCCAAUUGGUAUGUGCAAGUGUGACGCUUGAUUGAACAAGAGGUUGGAUUAUCAAUUCAGCACUCAGUAUUGAUGGCAAGAUGAGCUGUAUCCUUCUUUGUAUGAAGUAAUGUGUAACUGGGGGCUUAUGAAGCCUCCCCACAUUUUAUAAGCUUUACUGUAUGUCCUCCUGAGUUCUUAAGAGUAGAUUUAAGUCUGUGCAAUCCUGAUCCUGAUUAUUCAUUUGGUUUGUCUUUGGAAGAAGCUUGUCAAUAUUGUGCUUACUCUUUAUCCUGGCAGGCCCAUUACAACUCAGUAGUAGACAUACAACUGUAGGCAGGUAAAAUAAAUAAUUAGGCCAAAUCAAAUACUUGCCGUCUAUUUUGUUUUCCUUUUAUUCAGGAGGAUCUCCCCCGUCUUGUUGCCAACAAGCUCCCAAAUUUCUUUUUAAACUCUCUUGAAUUCAGAGAAUUAUGGGAAAGUGUGGUUGAGGAGAAUGUGGUUGAGGAGAAUGUCUGCUUGACAGAGUUUCAAAAGUGCAACAGGUUAGGGUAGGCUUUUGAAAAGGAAUCUAGGAAGAGAAAAUAGUGGAUGUGUAUCUCUGCAUUAGGGAUGUGGGUGGCGCUGUGGGUUAAACCACAGAGCCUAGGACUUGCUGAUCAGAAGGUCGGUGGUUCGAAUCCCCGUUAUGGGAUGAGCUCCCAUUGCUCGGUCCCUGCUCCUGCCAACUUAGCAGUUCAAAAGCACGUCAAAGUGCAAGUAGAUAAAUAGGUACCGCUCUGGCGGGAAGGUAAACGGUGUUUCUGUGCGCUGCUCUGGUUCGCCAGAAGCGGCUUAGUCAUGCUGGCCACAUGACCCGGAAGCUGUACGCUGGCUCCCUUGGCCAAUAAAGCGAGAUGAGCGCCGCAACCCCAGAGUCGGUCACGAUUGGACCUAAUGGUCAGGGGUCCCUUUACCUUUACCUUUAUCUCUGCAUUGUGACAUGAAUGUGUGGCAAAAUCCGUCAGAUAACUUAGCUGUGUGCAGUCACAAUCAAGGAAAGAAAUGGUUGUAGAAUUCUGCCUAGUGUGAACUGCUGCUUAAUUUACUGUUAUGUGUAUGACUUAUCUGGGCGUUUAAAGGCAGGUUAGUGAUAUAAAGCUUUCCUCAUAUUUAGCGUGCAGGAAGUCUGGAGUCUUGUCAUAACUCUUCCCAGUUUUCUAGUUAAGGCUACUAAAACUUUGAGGGAGCGAGGAUUGAACAGUGCGUUAGACCAGGGGUCAGCAAACUUUUUCAGCAGGGGGCCAGUCCACUGUCCCUCAGACCUUGAAGACUAUAUCUUGGAAAAAAAUAUGAACGAAUUCCUAUGCCUCACAAAUAACCCAGAGAUGCAUUUUAAAUAAAAGGACACAUUCUACUCAUGUAAAAACAUGCUGAUUCCUGGACCUUCCGCGGGUUAGAUUUAGAAGGUGAUUGGGCCGGAUCCAGCCCCUGGGCCUUAGUUUGCUUACUCAUGGCUUAGUCAUCUUGGCUUCUGCAUGUUCCUGGCUUGUUGAAUAGCAUCACAUUCCCAGGCAAAACUAAUGGUUCUGCUCAGUUAAUGCUGCUGGUUUGUUAACUUGUCUUAUGACUGCUAGUUAGCCCAGUUACUGUGUUGAAUUGACAGUGUACACUCUGCUUACAAAAUAGAAUAUCUGUUGCUUUUGUUUGGAAAGCACAGGCUGCAUUUAUUAACAUAAAAUGCUUGUUUUGUUGAUUAAAUAAAAAUGAUCUUUCUGAAACAUUGGUAAACCCUUGUGCAUGUGCUUUUAAAAAAGGAAUGUAAAAGCCUAAUUAAUACUUUACCUGUAUGAUCUAAAGAGAUUUUAUAGGGUAUUAAAGUUGCACUGUAAAUGGCUUUGUAAAACUUUCCUGCUUAUCCUAAACAAGUUGAAGCCACUGUUCCAUAAUCACAUAGGAUACUAAUACAUAAUCCAGCUAUUGCUUUACAUCCCCCUCCCUUGAAAUCUUUAGAAAUGAAGGGGGAAAAUCUGUGCUUUAAUCCUGGAGGCACUGUAUGCGAGUGACUCCCAUGUUUUGAGAAAUUGGUUGAUUACCUGCCCUGGAUGGGGCUGCACUUCCUUUUUAAGAGCAGAUACAUGGCCUUGAGGGGCUUCUGGACCCUGUUUUGUCACUGGAGGCCCAGGGAGCCUCAGUAGCUAGAAGCACCUUUUACCAGGUGUGCCUGGUACAACAUAUACAGUCAUACCUUGGAUCCAGACCAUCCUGGAACUCGGAUGUUUUGGCUCCUGAAUGCUGCAAACCCGGAAGUGAUUGUUCCGGUUUGCAAACGUUCUUUUGGAACCCAAACGUCUGACGGGGCUUCCGUGGCUUCCAAUUGGCUGCAGGAGCUUCAGCCAAUCAGAAGCCGCAGUUUGGUUUGCAAACGUUUUGGUAGUUGAACAGACUUCCGGAAUGGAUUCCCUUCGACUUCCAAGGUACAACUGCACAACUGUUCUGGACCAAGGGACCCUGACCACAGCAGUUUGGGCAUCAGUGACUUAAAAAUUGGAUUACUGCAAUGCACUCUAUGUGGGGCUUCCCUUGUGCUUGAUCCAGAAACCACAGUUAGUACAGCAGCUGAUAGGAGAGAGAUCCUGUCAGCAGAUAACGCCUGUGCUUAGAGAUAUGCAGUGGUUGCUGAUUUGUUACUAGGCCAAGUUACAAUGGGUAUAUAAAGCCCUUGACACCUUGUGUACUUGCAGGAUUGCCUUCCUCGACCGCGUUGAUACGUUUUCAAUUACUUGUUCUUUAACUCUUAUUGAUCAUUUUAAUAUAGUUACUAUCAAGCAGUAUAUAAAUUUUGUGAAAUAAAUAAGAUAAAUGGAAUAUAUCUGCUUGUGCUGGCACAUGCUGUGUGCUUGUUCUCGGAGCAUCUCUGCUAGCACGGGAAUUUUUUGGAUGAAAUUGUUAGGGUUCAGUUCUUAGAGGCUAAAACUAAAUUUGAGACUGGCUGUUCCAACAGUUAAGUAGUGCAGAAGUGCACUAAGCACCCAUCGAAGUCAGCACAGAUAUAUUCUGGUCUUAGGAAAAUAUGUUUGAAGUGGCCCAAACUUAAGUUUUUAGAAAAUGCAUUUGGUGAAACUUCUAUCUUUGGGUAAACAGAUGCUUUCUUGGCUGUUUUCCUACAUCACCACCCCCAGUUCUCAAAUACGUUUCAAAAUAAAGAGCUUUGCUUAUGGAUGGCAUUUAGCUGGCUGGGAGUGGCUAUUCUUCCCUUCUUUCAUUUUGUACUUUGAGGGCACGAAUACCUGAAUACAGAUAUUAUACACAUGAAGUGCACAGCAAUGUGUAGAAUUAGAUUAACACCUUUUUAAAAACGGGAGGAAAUCCUUUGCCAGCUGCUGCUUCUGAGGUGUUUUAGACGCACCUUAAUUCUGUGUGUGACUUUAUGGGGCAUGUUUCUGAAUAUAAGAAGUAAACGGUGAGAAUCUGCUCCCAACACACUGUAAGAAAGCUAUUUGCUUUCUUUCUUUUUCUUUAUGAAUAUUUCGUAUGAACAGAGUAUGUUUGCCUUGCCUAGCGAAUGGGGAUCUUAAGGUAGCUUCCUGUAUAUUUAAACCACAGUAGAAUAGAUAGUAGGGAUGCUGGUGGCGCUGUGGGUUAAACCACAGAGCCUAGGACUUGCCGAUCAGAAGGUCGGCGGUUCGAAUCCCCGCGACGGGGUGAGCUCCCGUUGCUCGGUCCCUGCUCCUGCCAACCUAGCAGUUCGAAAGCAUGUCAAAGUGCAAGUAGAUAAAUAUGUACCGCUCCAGUAAACAGCGUUUCCGUGCACUGCUCUGGUUUGCCAGAAGCGGCUUAGUCAUGCUGGCCACAUGACCCGGAAGCUGUACGCCGGCUCCCUCGGCCAAUAAAGCGAGAUGAGCGCCGCAACCCCAGAGUCGGCCACGACUGGACCUAAUGGUCAGGGGUCCCUUUACCUUUACCUUAGAAUAGACAGUGGCACACUCACAUAAUAGACAGUGGUACACUUAGAAUAAAACCAGGUUUUGUGAGGAAAACAGGCAGUUCCCAGGCUCAUUUACCCCUCUUAAUGCUAAUGAGGGACCAAGGGGACAUUUGGUUAACAGCUGAUUCUCCUCUGUGCAUGUCCCAAUUGCUAUUUUUGCUUUGUCACUCCAGCUAGGCUAGAAGACCCUGGGAGCAUUUGUAGGGUGAGAAUUAGUUGGCCAAGGGAACACCACACAUCUCCAUCCAAAUGCCCUCUUCUCAUUUUCAUUUAGUGGCAGGCACAUUUCGGAAACCUGUUUUGUGGCGUAACGUUCUGCCCUUAUGAUGGCACCACUUGACCUUGCACAGUAAUUCUAUGCUUUAUUCAAAAAAGCAGUGUUUCCAUGCAUACUGUAAAACUAAACAAAGCAAGCAUACAGAAGCACAACACAAAAUCAGGAAUAAUGAGUGAGUGUGGAUCCUUUUAACACUGGAUCAUGCAUUUGAAAAACUUAAAUCUCUACACAAGCGGAAGGAAAACAAAUAAAAUACGGAACAUUCGAGUUUGGAAGCAAAAAACAAUCCAUGUGAUCUAACUUCAAAUUUUCCCAACAGCCCUUCUGUAAAAUUAAGGCACAUUUCAGAGAUAACAAACAAAAAGUUUUUUCGUGAGUUAAAUAUCUCUGAGGAAUAUCACCUGUUCUUUGGCAAGAAUGCAGGAUGAAUUUCGGUGUCACCUGGCAAUUCUUUUGCUUGGGAUGGCUGUAAAAAAAAAUUAAAAAUACUUUCCUUUCCUUCCACUUUGAUAAUUAAUUUUUAUGUGCCACUUUAAUAACCUGCACACAAAGCAAAGGCUCUCCUUGUUAAAAAACAGACUGAUAGCUGACUUGUAAGCUGUGUUGGUGCGUAACUUGACUGUUUCUCGCCAUGCUAUGAACUGCCCACUGUGUGCAUGUGUGUAAAAAAGGUUAAGAGCCGCUGUAGCUGAAUUGGGUGCCAUGCUGUUAUCAGACAAGGAGAGCAGUAUUGUUCACCAGGUUCACGCCGUCCGCUCUGUAGAGGAUUCCAUCUUCAUGGAGUCAUCCCUUGAUCCUCAGUUACUUGAAGACAGGUAACACAAUCUUAACUUAAUCUCUCCCUAGAGGAGAAACUCAGACAAUGCCUUACUCUAAAAUACUUAGAACUAACCCCAUGCUAGAAACAAUUGCCAUUAAUCCGUUUGAAGUUCACCCCCCCCCCCAAAAAAAAAGAUUUGGAGUUUGUCUGUAGGUGGUUUUGUACCUCGCUUCACUGAUCGCCCGCAAUAAAUAGUCAAAGCACUUAAUUUGCAUGGGAUUUCGAGAUGUGCUUGAAGUGCUGCCUAGGUCCCUGGAGAAUCUGGUUUGGCCUCCUUGUGUAACAGUGUGUAGUAGUUGUAUAAUCCCUGCUUUUAUUGAAGGAGCCCUGGUCAUUUUUGAAUUUGCCCUCCGAAACCUGCUCUGUCUGUUAGGGUGUACGUGCACUUGGAUGUCUGCCUCGUGUACUUUAGAAGUUUCCCCAUUAUUUCUAAUUUUGAUUUUAAAACGCCUAGGCUAGAAAAUUCUUUCUAGCCUUUUGUUCUAUAGGGCAGUCCUAAAUCAGUUCCGUAACACUCAAUUUGAGAAUCGCUGUGCCUUGAACUAAGGUCGCUGCAAUGACCUUUUUGCUUGAGACCGUGUCUGUCGCAUUGUGGUAAGCCACCUUAUUUUAGCCAGGCUAGCUGAGCAUGCUCACAAAAUGGUGCGUGUUGGGAGCUUCCAGGUCACUGGUUGUGUGUUUUCCUUUGGUCUUGUCAAGCUCAUUGUGGCUUCCUUUCAUCUACCAUACCCAUGCUCUUCUGUUGCAUUUUGUUUUCCUCGUUUGAUAUCAAGGCCUGGCUCACUAACCUCUUAGCUCACAUUACUGUUUUUACAGCAUUAUGAGUCCUCCAGUUGUGCCAUUACUACACAUGGGCCAAAAAUGAAGAUGAUUCGGGAGGAGGAGGGAGGGCGAUAAUUUUGUAGUUGUCUACUGUACUAAGAAAAUGCUGUUAACAAUUUUUUUUGAAAGACGACUUGGAUUGAAGUUUUAAGGAAACAUGCAAGAACAUAAAAACAUAAUGCAGUCCCAGCAAACCAGGAAGCAAAUGGGAAUAUUGCAGUUAUAACAUAGGACAAAGAAAAUAAAAAAAAUUCUCUCAACAACAACCACAUGAAAGCCACCCAAGAGCACUUUUCCAGCACCCCUCUCUAGGUGUUUUGCAAAGCUGAUGAUUACUGUAGCCUGGGAAUCGCCAGCGUGGGUUUGUGCUUAUGUUACCUAAACCACUCCGUGGUAUCCAUAGAGACAGCUCCAAAGGGGAAGGGGUGGGCGCUAGGGAGAAGUGGGUAGACCUAGGAGGUUAAAAUACCUAUAGCCGGCCCUGAUUGUGUGUUGUUUUGAUAUGAUAAAUACAUUUAUAGGCAUUUUGCUGCUCUAGCUUUUGGAAAGUAAUACACUUGUCAGUUCAAAAUGGCUCAUUUCAUUGCAUGAGAAAAUAACAGGUUAAAUUGUCAAAAGUCCCCCCAAAAUGGGAGUUCAAGCAUUUGAAAUGAUGGCAAGACAAUUUUAACACAUCGACUGCAACUCUGAUCCUCUUGAGCCCAGUGUACCAGGAGAUAAUUAUUGGUUCUAUCUUAGUGUGUAAUUCUGCACCAACUUUCUAUAGCCAAAGUAUUUCUGCGAGUCUGGUUUUCCCAGACUUCAUCCCGUUUUGAGAAUUGUCUUGUGGCCCCAAUCAGCGGAGGCUUUCGCCAGUGGUGGAGGGGCAAGCAGCCACUGCCAGUUCUCCUCUUGAAGCCCCCAGCCACUUGCACUGUUCCAGAGGGUCUCUCGACCCUUCAGAACAGAUUUCUAAGGCUCAGUGGGGGCAGUCUGCAAAAAUAUUUCCAGCUCCACCCCUUUCAGCCAGCAAUAGCUUCUGCUGGAUUAGAGCCUGUGCCAUACAUUGGCCUCUCAAAUGAAUGCAUGAAUCUUACGAUCUUACGUUUGAUUAUCACUUCUUUCUAGAAAUAUAUCCAAAGUUUUCUGUGAAAACUCAGCAGUGAGGGUGACUGGCACUCCUCCAAGGAAAGGGAGUUCCACAGAUGGAGCACCACCACAGACAAGACCCUGUCCCAUGUCACAGUGCAACAAGCAGUGCUCAUUGGCAGGACUGCAAAAACAGCCUCCCCUGUAGAUCUUAAGGCCUGGGCCAACAGAUAGAGGGGCAGGUCCUUCCUGUAUUUGGGCACUAAGUUGUUCAGGGCUUUAUAAGUUGAUAUCAACACUCUGAAUUGAGCCAAAUUUGAGAAUAGGUGUAAUAUUAUUCCACCUAGAACUCUAGCUGAAGCUUCUAGACCAUUUUCAAUGGAAGUCCUACACACAUCCAGGCAUGAGGCUACCAAAGCAUGGGUCACUGUGGCAAGACGGUCCUGCUCCUGGAAUAGCUGGAUGCCGGUGGCGCUGUGGUCUAAACCACUGAGCCUCUUGGGCUUGCCAAUCAGAAGGUCGGCGGUUCGAAUCCCCACGAUGGAGUGAGCUCCCGUUGCUCUGUCCCAGCUCCUGCCAACCUAGCAGUUUGAAAGCACACCAGUGCAAGUAGAUAAAUAGGUACCUCUGCGACAGGAAGGUAAAAGGCAUUUCUGUGCACUCUGGUUUCCGUCAUGGUGUUCCGUUGCGCCAGAAGCGGUUUAGUCAUUCUGGCCGCAUGACCCGGAAAGUUGUCUGUGGACAAGCACCAGCUCCCUCGGCCUGAAAGCAAGAAGAGCACCGCAACCCCAUAGUCCCCUUUGAGUGGACUUAACCGUCCACGGGUCCUUUACUUUUACCUUUACCUCUUCCUGGAAUAGCUGGAGCAGGAAACAGCCACUUAUUGCCACCGAGGCCAGCUGAUCUUCCAGUGACACUAUUGGAUCCACAAGUACCUCCAAGCUACAUACCUGCUCCUUGGGAGGGAUCAUGAUUUUGUCCAGGCAGUUCAUCUCCACAUUUCCUGGACACAGGAACUACUCAUAAGUUCUUCCACCUUAUCAGUAUUCAGUCUCCGUUUACUCACCCUCGUUGAGCCCUUUACUGUCUCCAUGCAAUAAGUUUGAUUCAUCAAACGAUAAUUUGAAUUACAUCAAAUCGGGUUUUCCUGUAACUGAGCAGUGCUUUGAAAAGUUGGAACAAAAGCAUUGACUCCUAAGAUUUUACAAGAAAUAAUUGAGUUUGUGUAACUAGAUUGAAACUGACUCGUGUAAUAGAUUUCCAAAAGCAGGCUUAUCUGUGUGUCUUCUUUCUGGUGUUGCCACCGCAAAAUCAGUUACAUAUUUUUUUAUGCUCUUCGUAUUGCAGGCAUGUGACGCAAGCAGACCUCAAGAGCUCCACCUUUUGGCUUCGAGCGAGUUUUGGUGCUACAGUCUUUGCCGUUUUGGGCUUUGCCAUGUACAGAGCAUUACUAAAGCAGCGAUGAUCUGGAAGAAAAGCACGUUUCUCGCAGGGGAGGGGCCUACCAAAAGGGAAAGAAAAAGAAACUUUUAUGUACAUUCUAAAUCCGCUAGAAAUAUUUAUAUAUGCAAGUUACUUUAUUACUUGUAAUUCAUGGAUAAGAUUAUUUUAAAUGAUAGCUCUAAACUUGCAGUAUUGCGAUGGUUGUGGAAGAUGUUUUUGCAUUACAGUGGCUAACUGAAAAUGGCUACAUUUGUUAAGGCCCAAAGGGAAUUAUUGUAAAUAUAACUUGUAUAUAUUAAGGCAGCGAGCCGUAAUGUCCCCCAAAGUUAUUAUAAUUGGCAUUAAUAGAUGUUUCAAAUGGAGUGAGCGAGAGUGUAAUUAGAAUUUGUUUUAAGCAAUGUAGGUUCAAGUCCAGGAUCACCAUUCAUUUAUUUAUUUCACAGGUGUAUGACGUUCUCUCUUUGGGCUCACAGUGCUUGGGGGAGGGCUGAGUUCCCUCCUCUUUCAGUAACUGAACUUUACCCCACAGAUCUUCUUUCACAAGUGUUUCAUUCCCACUGCAGCUUUUAUUGGACUUGGAUUGAUUAUUUUUACAUCCUAGGUUAAGCAGCAAAAUGUGCCGCAGGUCAAGGAUUGGGGGGGGGAGAGGGGAGAGAAGGAGAGCUGUGCAUUCCCUCCGAUAGAAGAGCAGCAAGCAGCAGCCGUGUGUUUGUCAGAAUCUUGACUCUUGUGUGCCAUUCCGCAACUCUCUCGUUUCCCACUCUGUUGUGUUUUGCAGACUUUUCAGGGGGGCGGGGGCGGCAAUCAAUUUGUAUAUUACAACUGUUUAUAAUUCCAAAGUGUUUUGUUUCAUCCUCACUUCCGCAAGCCAUUCUCCCAAAAGCUGGGCGUAUGGGGUAGAGCCGAAAUAUUACACAGUGCUUUACUCUCUACUUGGUAGAUUAGUUGCAUGGUUUGCACUGCGUCCUAUACUUCGCUGGAAUUACCUGUAGGUGGCAUUUUUGAACAAAAAAGAAGGUCAGGAAACCUCAUAAGCGGAAAUUCCUCACUGUCAAACCUAUUCCCCCCCCCCCCAUCACUGGCCUUUUCAAGUAUUUCAAUAAAUAACUCUACUGUGCUGUGUUUUGAACGCU